AUGAAUGUGUGGUAAGAGAUGACAUCAGGACACACUGAAACCUCCGUAAGCAGUCCGAUCCGAAAAUCAGCUCCCACCAAUACACCAUAUGGAACCCUUGGAUGCUUAGAAUUGAAUGUAGAGAAUACGUUAAGUUGCAGGGCUGGUCAGAUGUGUAUCUUUCUGGGGGGAUCAUGGAAAGAUAAUUAAAAAUCUAUAGUCAAGGGCUGAGUAUGUGUUGAGUAGAGAAAAAAAAUGAGUGUUUGACGCGCGAGAAUAAAUGAAACAGAGAGAGAGAGAGAUGAAGAGAGAGACUGAGAGUAGAGAGACGAGGAGCAGAGAGAGGAGAGAGAGAGAGAGACGAGAGGAGGGGAAAGGGGGAGUCGAAAGAGAGGAUGGACGAGAGAGAGCCUGGAGAGAGACGAUAGACGAGAGAGAGAGAGAGAGCAGGAGAGAAGACGAGAGAGAGAUGAGAGCGGAGAAGAAAGAGAUAGAGACGAGAGAGAGAGAGAGAGAGCGGGGGUAGAGAUGGGGAGAGGAUAGAGAGAAGAGAGAGGGAGAAGAACAAGAGAAAGAGAGAGCAGCGAGAGAGAGAUGCCGAGAGGACGAGAGCAGAGAGAGAGAGAGAGAGAGAGAGAGAGAAGAAAAGAGAAAGAGAGACAGAAGGGGAGGAGAGGAACGAGGGAGAAAAUUAAAAUAGGAAAGAGGAAAAAAAAGCCGCCAAGUACGGGGGGAGGGAGGAGAGAAGCGAGGGAGGAUAAAAGUAAGAAAGAUAGACGAGCGGGAGAUGCGGAGAGAGAGAGAGGGUGACGAAGAAAAAAGAAAUAAGAGAAAGAGAGAAGAGGAUGGAGAGAGAGAGGGACGAGCAGCAGAAGGGAGGGGGAGAGACAGAUUAAGAAAAGAAAGAAAGGAGAGAUGGGAGAAGAAGGGAGAGAGAAUGAAAGGAGAAAGCUAGAAGGAAGAAGGAAAUGAGAAAGAUCUCCUCUGCUCCGCUCUCCUCCUGUCUCCUCUCUCCCUCUCUGUCUCCAGGUGAGGAUUCUGCAGGCUACAGGUCUUCCUCGCCACCUGUGUAACUUUGUGUUCUGCCAGUACCACUUCUGGGGGCAGGAUAAGCCUGUGUUCAUCGCCCCGGAGGUGGAGCCCUCGCCCCCAUCAGCCACCAGCAGAGAGCCCCUCUGCACCGUACUUUUUGACAGUAGCAAGGUGGGACAAUGGAGUUGAGGCCGGAUUGCCGAAUGUGCACGCAGGGCAUGUGCCACCCCCCCCAGAUAGCAUAUGAAUAGAAUUUCUGAAAAUGUGCUUUAAAACUGCAAAAUGUUUUCUCUGCAUCAUGGUAACAUUUCUAGAAUUGCAGGAAGUUAGCCACCCUCCUGGAGGUAGGUACCCCGGGGGACCGGAUGUGGUAGUCCGGCCCUGAAUGGGGUAGUCACUAGCCACAUAUAGAGAGGCCUACAAACCUUGGCAUAUGUCCUUUUCUGUGAUUUUAUUAGCCAAAGAAGAGUCUGUCACCACAUGACUAUAACUACUGUUCCCUGAACAGUACAACAUACUAUGGGGAGUCGCACUCUCACGACUUCAGUUGAAGGAUCUAUAAUCACGCCUGACAAGGCCAAUGAAAUCCGCGCCUCGCUGGAAGCCCAUGCCUUCCACAUCUUCCACAGUUGAUAAGCCUGAGGCUCGGAUUCAUUCCUUCAACUUAACACCGCUCUUCACCAAGCCCAAGGUAACAGAGGGGGUAACAGAGGGGGAUUUAAACAUGGACAAGCUUCCAAAAGAAGUUGUGCUGGAUGAAUCCCGGCUCCAGCAAUGGCUGACGUAGCACCCCAAACGUGGGGGGCACUGACGUCACAAUAAUGUUUUCUGUGAAGGGCUCACCACUCACCCUGGCUCGGAGGCUGCUUCCUCAUCAGAGGUGCCCUGCAACCUCCGCUUCCUCCCACUCCUUCCAACUCCAGUAAUUGGAAAUAGGAAUGCGGUUGCCAUAGGGCCCGGGGGAAAGCUAGUAAUAAUUUGCCGGAAGUUAUGCAUGCUAGCCGACGUUAGCCAGGAUGAGGCUUCUAGUUUAAGUUAGGUUAGCUAGCCUCUUUGACCGCAGCACAGUCCGUUUAGAAUAACCAAGCGACUUAACGCUAGCUUCUUAUACUAGACAAGAGAGCUACCCAAGCAAUUCCACUGUUAGGAAGACGGAAUAGCUAGCAGUAGCUAGCUCGCCUCUGCAAGUUAGCUAUCCUGGCUAGCACGCUAUGCAGAACUUGUUAGCUAGCCUGGUCCCGAAAGUCUACAUAGGACCGGACCACCGAGGUGGAAUCGGACUCUUCUGGGAAGAGUGGCAAGCGGUGCUUAACCAAGGCAGACACAGGCAGCGGGGGGGGAUACCCAAGCAAGCCAUAUGUGAUGUGUGUUUUAUUAACCAUAGCAUUAGACAUAGGAAAACAGGCACUCCAACUCAGAACUAGUUCCCAGGUUAUUCCUUAUUCCCUCUUGAUUCAAAUAAUCCUUCAAAACACGAUUUUUGGAAAAUCUGGGAAUUUUGGGAACGUUUCCAGGAAUUUGCAAACCUACUCGGAGUAAAGCAAGAUGUGUGGAACAGUGGCCAAGCAAUGUUUGUGUCUCUGUACGUGUUGUGUGUGUGUGUGUGUGUGUGUGGUGUGUGUGUGUUCCCAGGAGCUGGAGGUGUGCGUGUCUGAGGAGUUUGUGGAGUUUGUGGCUGAGGGGGCGUUGGCCAUCGAGGUGUUCGGACAUAAGCAGGUGAACCACCGCAGGAACCUGGCUCUCUGGGACCUGGGGGUCAUUCAGGCCAAGACACGAACCCUCAGAGAGAGGUGAGAUAUAUAGUAGGAGAUUAAGAGUCUACCGGUGUAGAUGGGGAAAUAUGGGUUGGUGUGUACUGGGUUGUAUUCACUAGAAACCAAUUGGAUGAAAAUGGACCGAAUCGAGGAGGGACUACCCGGACUUGUUCAAUAAGAAACUCUAUUUUUCAUUGCAAAACGUGUUCUUUUGGUAAAUGUGCACUAAUGAAUAGGACUCUGGUGUAAUGACUGGUCUGGUGUAAUGACUGGUCUGGUGUAAUGACUGGGUUCUGGUGAAAUGACUGGUCUGGUGUUUGUAAUCGAUGGUCUGGUCUGGUUAAGACUGAGUGUCUGGUGUUUUUAAUGGACUGGUCUGGUGCAAUGACUGGUCUGGUGUAAUGACUGGUCUGGUCUGGUCUGGUGCAAUGGAUGCGUUGUGUAAUGGACUGGUUGGUUUGUAAUGACUGGUUGGUGUCUGUUGUGGGUAAUGACUGGUCUGUGGGUGUAAGACGGUCUGGUCUGGUGUGUACUGUGUGUAUAAUGACUGGUCUGGUGAAUGCCUGUGGUCUGGUUGCAAUGACUCGUCUGGGUGUUAAUAGACUGGUCUGGUGUAAUGACUGGUCUGGUCUGGUCUGGUGCAAUGACUGGUCUGGUGUAAUGACUGGUCUGGUGUAAUGACUGGUCUGGUGUAUUGUAAUGACUGGUCUUUCGGGGUUUGUAUGUAAUGCUUGGUCUGGUUGUAAUGGACGGUUGUGUAAUGACUGUAUGGUGUGUUGUGUAAUGAAUGGUCUGGGCGUGUAAUGACGGUUGGUCUGGUUCUGGUGCAAUUGACUGGUCUGGUGUAAUGACUGGGUAUGGUCGCUGGUGCUAAUAUUUAAUGAGGGCUGGUCUGGUGCAAGAUGGUUGGUUGUAAUGACUGGUCUGGUGUAAUGAAACUGGUCUGGUUGGAUGUAUGUAAUGACUGGUUGGUGGUCAUGACUGUCUGGUCGGUCUGGUGCAACUGAUGGUCUGGUGGAAUGAAUGGUCUGGUGUAUGACUGGUUGGUUCUGUCGGUGCAAUGACUGGUAUGGGGUAAUGACUGGUCUGGUUGUUAAUGAAUGGUAUGGUGUAAUGACUGGUCUUGUCUGGUCUGUGCCAAUGACUGGUCUGGUGUUGUAAUGAAUGGUCUGGGGUUAAUGAAUGGUACUGGUUGGUAAGUAAUGGACUGGCUGGUUUGUAAUGGACACUCGUCUGGUCUGGUUUUGUUGUAAUGAUGGUCUGGUCUGGUGCAAUGACUGGUCUGUCGGGCAAUGGACUGGUCUGGUGUCAUUGUAAUGAUGGUCUGGUUGUUGUAAUGACAUGGCUGGUGUUGUAAGUGUAAUGGAAUGUUCUGGUCUGGUCUGUGUUGUAAUGACUGGUUUGGUCAUUGGUGUACUUGUUGACUGCGCGUCGGUCUGGUGCCAUGACUUGGUUCUGGUUGAAAGCUGGUCUGGUGUAAGAAUGGUUGGUCUGGUUGUAAUGGACUGGUCUGGUGCAAUGACUGGUUGGUCUGGGGUAUUUGUAAUUAGACGGACUGGUCUGGUGUAUGUAAUGACUGGUCUGGUCUGGUCUGGUGGUCUGGUGUAAAUGACUGGUAUGGUCUGGUCCCUUUGGGUUUGGUCUGUCUGCUGUAAGGACUGGUCUGGUCUGUGGUCGGUAUGGUUCCUGGUCUGGUCUGGUGGUAUGUAUGAUGGUCGUGGUUGGUGUUGUUGUAAUGGACUGGUUGGUGUUGUAAUGAUGGUCUUGGUCUGGUUUUGUUGUGGUAAUGACUGGUUUUGGUAUGGCUGGUGUAAGAAUGUGUCUGGUCUGGUGCAAUGACUGGUCUGGGUAAUGAUGGUCUGGUCUUGUGUAAUGAAUUGGUUGUAUGGUGUAAUGACUGCUGGUCUGGUUUGUAAUGAUGGUUGGUUCUGGUGCAAAUGAUGGUAUGGUUGUCUGGUCUGGUGCAAGAUGGUUGGUCUGGUGACAAUGACUGGUAUGGUAUGGGUAUUGUUGUUGUGUAAAUGACUGGUCUGGUGUAUGAAUGGUCUGGUCGGGUGUACUGAAUGGGAUUGUUUGGUGUAAGGACUGGGUCUUGUCUGGUGUAAUUAAAUGACUGGAUCUGGUCUGGUCUGGUGUAUGUAAGACUGGUCUGGUAUGGUUGGUUGUAAUGUAACUGGUCUGGGUAAUGAUGUCUGGUCUGGUGUAAUGACUGGUCUGGUCUGGUCUGGUGUAAUGACUGGUCUGGUGUAAUGACUGGUCUGGUCUGGUGUAAUGACUGGUCUGGACUGGUCUGGUCUGGUGCAAUGACUGGUCUGGUCUGGUCUGGUGUAAUGACUGGUCUGGGUAUGGUGCAAUGAUGGGAAGGAUGGUUUGUAAUGAUGUUGGGUCUGGUGUUUGUUAAUGAAUGGUUCUGGUCGGGGAUUGCAAUGACUGGCUGGUGUUGUAAUGACUGGUCUGGUUGUUCGGUAAAGACGGUCUGGUUUCUGGCUGUAAUGACUGGUCUGGUGUAAUGACUGGUCUGGUCUGGUGUAAUGACUGGUCUGGUCUGGGGCAAUGACUGGUCUGGUCUGGUGUAAUGACUGGACUGGUCUGGUGUAAUGACUGGUCUGGUCUGGUCUGGUCCUGGUCUGUCUGGUUGUAAUGAAUGGUCUGGUCGGGUCUGGUUGGUUGGUAUGGUUCGUUAGUAAGGACUGGUCUGGCUGGUCUGGUUGGUCUGGUAUUGGUCUGGUUGUAAUGACUGGUUGUCUGGCUGGUGUUCGUGUAAUGACUGGUAUGGUCUGGUGUAAUGACUGGUCUGGUGUGUAAGACUGAGUAUGGACUGGUUUUGUAAUGACUGGUCCGGCUGGUGUAUGGGUGUAAUGAGAUGGUAUGUUAUGGUUGGUAUGGUCUGGUGCAAUGACUGGUUGGUUGGGUAAGUUAAUAAUGACUGGUCUGGUGUGUUGUAAUGACGUGGUUGGUCUGGUGGUAAUGACUGGUCUGGUCUGUGGUUCUGGUGAAUGACUGGUUGGUCUGGUGGCAAUGAUUGGUCUGGUGUUGUAAAUUUAAUGGACUGGUCUCUGGUUCUGUUGUAAUGACUGGUAUGGCUGGUAGGGUGCAAUGGACUCGUCUGGUUGGUGUUGUCAUGACUGGUCUGUGGUCUGGUGUAAUGACUGUAUGGUAUGGGGUAAGACUGGUCUGAGUCUGUUGCAAAAUGAAUGGUUGGUCUGGUAUGGUUAUGGGCAAUGACUGGUCUGGUCUGGUUGCAAUGACUUGGUCUGGUCUGGUGUUGUAUGAAAUGGUAUGGGUGUAAUGACGGUCUGGUCUGGUUGGUUGUAAGACUGGUCGGGUCUGGUGUUGUUUGUUGUUGGUGUAAGACUGGUUGGUGUUUACAUGACUGUAUGGUCUGGUGUAAGAUGGUCUGGUUCUGGUCUGGUUGUAAUGAAUGGUCUGUCUGGGUCUGGUGAAGACUGGUAUGGUGUAAUUGACUGGUCUGGUCUGGGCCUGUAAUGAUGGUCUGGUCUGGUCUGGGGUAAUGACUGGUCUCGGGUUUGAAUGAUGGUCUGGUCUGGGUUUUGUUUUUGUAAUGUAAAUGACUGGUUGGACCUGGUCUGCGUCUGGGUUUGCAUUGACGGUCUGGUCUGGUAGGCUGUUAAUGCUGGUCUGGUCUGGUGCAAGACACUGGACUGCGACUGGUUGUAAUGACUGGACUUGUCUGGGUGUAAUGACUGGUCUGGUCUCUGGCUCUGGGCGGGUUAGGUUGUAAUGACUGGUCUGGCUGGAGUUUGUAAUGACUGGUCUGGUCUGACUGGUUUGGUCUGGUUUGUAAUGACCUGGUCUGGACUGGACUGUCUGGUCUGGUGUAAGACUGGUCUGGUCUGGUGUUGUGGUUGGUAAUGACUGGUCUGGUUCUGGUGUAGUAAGACUGGUCUGGUCUGGUGUUUGUGUAAUAUGUUGUAAUGGAUUUCUGGGAUGGUGUAAUGAAUGGAUGGUCUGGACUGGUCUGGUAUGGUUGUAAGACUGGUAUAGGUACUGGUUGUGUGUAAUGACUGGAUUGGUCUGGUCUGCUGGUUCUGGUGUAAUGACUGGUCUGGUCUGGUGUAAUGUCUGGUCUGGUCUGGUGUAAUGACUGGGUUUGGUAGUGGUUCCGGGGUAUGUGUUUGUGUAAUGACUGGUCUGGGUCUGGUCUGGUCUGGGUUGGGUUUAAUGAUGUGUUUGGUCUGCGUCUGGUUCUGGUCUGUGUGUGUCCCCAGGUGGAGUGAGGUGACCCGUAGGCUGGAGCUCUGGGUUCAGGUGUUGGAGCUGAAUGAAGCAGGAGACUUCAACCCUGUAGAGGUCCUACCACCCAAGGACGUACGCACCGGGGGCAUCUUCCUACUCAAACAGGUAGCUGGUGUUGUGUGUUUAGUAGGGUCAUUCUUGUCGUGUGGAGUUAUGGUUCGUGCAGGACUCAGGAACCAUGCCCCUAACCCCCCCCCCCCCCACCCAGGGCCAGUCUCGUCGUUUGAAGGUGGAGGUACGGUCCGUAAAGGACUCAGGAACCAUGCCCCUCAUCGCCACAAACGUCCUCUCUGUUUCCAUUGGCAACGUGGAGGUACGGCAGGCCCGCCCCUGGGAUGAGGACAUGGACAGCUAUCAGGUAAUACCGACUGGAAUCAGUUUAUGGUAGUCUGAGACAUUGGGAGAAUCUCGAUUCCUCGCGUCCUCUCUCCUCGCCGCCUCCUCAAAAAACCUUGGAUUAGAAGGUCAGAGGUCCCUCCCCUCUGACUUUCUCAUCCAGUGGGUUUUUAGGAGGUGAUGAAAGAGGACGUGAGGAAUCAAGAAAAUGCAAUUGAGAUUCUCCCAUUUGAGUUGAGUGAAGCAGAGUAGUCACAGGGGGUUGUGUUUAGUAGGGCACACCAUAGCAAAACUCAACUUUGUUCUUAUUGGACAAGUUCAGAUAGUACCAGGGUCUUAGGGGAAUGUGUGUGUGUGUGUGUGUGUGUGUGUGUGUGUGUGUAGGAAGGAGAUCUGGAGAGGUUGAGGGACCAGUGGCUGACCACCCUCACUACUAGGCAACAGUACCUGGACCAGCACCUGCAGAAGAUGGUCCAAAAGCCAGGUCAGCCUGACUAACACUCACACCAUGACCUCCUCCACGACACAUAUUACAUUACACACAGAGCAUAUUCAUGACCUCCUCCACGACACACAUUACAUUACACACAGAGCAUAUUCAUGACCUCCUCCACGACACACAUUACAUUACACACAGAGCAUAUUCAUGACCUCCUCCACGACACACAUUACAUUACACACAGAGCAUAUUCAUGACCUCCUCCACGACACACAUUACAUUACACACAGAGCAUAUUCAUGACCUCCUCCACGACACACAUUACAUUACACACAGAGCAUAUUCAUGACCUCCUCCACGACACACAUUACAUUACACACAGAGCAUAUUCAUGACCUCCUCCACGGACACAUAUUACAUUACAACAGAGCAUAUUCAUGACCUCCUCCACGACACACAUUACAUUACACACAGAGCAUAUUCAUGACCUCCUCCACGACACACAUUACAUACCCACAGAGCAUAUUCUGACCUCCUCCACGACACACAUUACACACAGAGCAUAUUCAUGACCUCCUCCACGACACCACAUUACAUUACACACAGAGCAUAUUCAUGACCUCCUCCACGACACACAUUACACACAGAGCAUAUUCAUGACCUCCUCCACGACACACAUUACAUUACACACAGAGCAUAUUCAUGACCUCCUCCACGACACACAUUACAUUACACACAGAGCAUAUUCAUGACCUCCUCCACGACACACAUUACACACAGAGCAUAUUCAUGACCGCCUCCACGACACACAUUACAUUACACACAGAGCAUAUUCAUGACCUCCUCCACGACACACAUUACAUUACACACAGAGCAUAUUCAUGACCCCUCCACGACACACAUUACAUUACACACAGAGCAUAUUCAUGACCUUUCCACGACACACAUACGUUAACACAGAGAUAUCAGACUCCUCCACGACACACAUACAUUACUACACAGGCAUAUUCAUGACUCCUCCACGACACACAUUAAUUACACACAGAGGCAUAUUUUCAUGACUCCUCCACGACACACAUUAACCGACUUGGUAUUUGACCCAAAAUCGUAGUAAUAAUGAGUGUUCUACAACUACAAUAGUAUUGUGUGUGUGUAGAUAAGUCAGAGGAUGACGUGGAGAGGGAGGCCCAACUGUUGGAGUGUCGUCUGACCCUGACAGAGGAACGUAACGCCGUCCUGGUACCUUCAGCUGGUAGCGGCAUCCCUGGAGCUCCCGCUGAGAGGUAGGUUAGUGUGUUUGACGUGUGUGUGUGUGUGUGUGUGUGUGUGUGUGUGUGUGUGUGUGUGUGUACAUUCAUGCGUGCGUUAGUGAUGCGCGGAUCAGCUGUUUGCUCACAUGCCUGUAAUUGCUAAUAACCCAUCUGCAACCGCACGACUAUAUGUGAAAAUCUGACACCCGUACCUGACCCUAACCCGCUAAUAUAGAAAAUGCGCGGUAGCCUAAAGUUAGAGAUGCCAUAACAAUUUUUGACGGGGUUUGCAGGAGACGUUCUUUUUUUUCCAGCCUAAUUUAGAUAGGCCGAGGUUUCUGCUUAUAAUGUCUGACAAUUUGGUAGGUAUUUGUUAGUCAACUUGUCUAUCAUUAGAUUUUCAACCUGUCCCUGACCUGAUCUGUAAUACCAACUUGUUUUAAGCAGACCACCAUAGUCCCUUGUGCCCAAGAACGCCAAGGUAACCUGCCUAAAUGACUACCGACUCGUAGCACUCACGUCUGUAGCCAUGAACUGCUUUGAAAGGCUGGUCAUGGCUCACAUCAACGCCAUCAUCCCAGACACCCUGGACCCACUCCAAUUCGUAUACCGCCCCCAACAGAUCCACAGAUGACGCAAUCUCUACUGCACUCCACACUGCCCUCACCCACCUGGACAAAAUGAUUACCUAUGUAAGGAUGCUGUUCAUUGACUACAACUUAGCAUUCAAAACCGUUGUCCCCUCCAAGCUCAUCACCAAGCUAGGGACCCUGGGACUGAACACCACCCUCUGCAACUGGAUCCUGGACUUCCUGAUGGGCUGCCCCCAGGCGGUGAGGGUAGGUAACAACACAUCUGCCACGCUGACCAUCAACACCGGGUCCCCUCAGGGGUGCGUGCUUAGUCCCCUCCUGUACUCCCUGUUCACCCACGACUGCGUGGCCGCGCACGACUCCAACACCAUCAUUAAGUUGGCUGACGAUACAACGGUGGUAGGACUGAUCACUGACGAUGAUGAGGCAGGACAACAACCUCUCCCUUCAAUGUCAGCAAGACAAAAGAGCUGAUCGUGGACGGCAGGAAAUGGAGGGGCGAGCACGCCCCCAUCCACAUCGAUGGGGCUGUAGUGGAGCGGUUUGAGAGCUUCAAGUUCCUCGGUGUCCACAUCACUAAGGAAUGAACAUGGUCCACACACACCAACACAGUCAUGAAGAGGGCACGACAGCGCCUCUUCCCCGUCAGGAGGCUGAAAAGGUUUUGGCAUGGGUCCUCAGAUCCUCAAAAAGUUAUACAACUGCACCGUUGAGAGCAUCUUGACUGACUGCGUCACCGCCUGGUACGGCAACUGCUAAGGCACCGCCGCGAGGCGCUACAGAGGGUGGUGCGAACGGCCCAGUUAGGGCUGUUAUGGUGAACAUAUUACCGCCACACCGGCGGUCACGAGUCAGGACCGCAGGAAGAUUUCAUGUGACCGUUUAGGUAACUAGGCUUCUCCAAAACUGCACUCUGAUGCUACUGAUGGUCAUCUGAUACCAGACUUGCUAACUGCCAGUUUCUAACUGCCUGGUACUCAUCGCUCUAUUGUCCCUCUAAUCACUCUGACAUCAAUGCAAAUGCGAUCGAAAAUCUAAUCAAACACUUCAUGAGAGCCCAUGAGCUCAUGUUGCGCAACAUUUCUAUAGGCUAUGCAAUUGCGUGAAAAAACACAGUUUUGAUGGCCUCUAUUAAAAAGAGGAGGAUUCUAUCAGCUUUCUAUAGGCUAGGCCUACUAUAUUUAUUUAUGAACUUUCCUAAUAUUAAGCACAUUGCUUUGCUUUACAACAUUAGCAUAGCCGACCUGGCUGGCAUGAAAAUGAACCGCUGGAAAAGUGUCCUCCAUUCGCUAUUUACAGUAAGUACAUAGAUGACAUUGUAUUUGUUUCCCCUGCCCAAGUUCUGACAGAUGAUAAUGGUCCAUUCGAUAUCAAAACUAAUUUCAGACAUAUAUUAUUUAGUGCAAUCGGAAAGUAUUCAGACCCGUUCCCUUUUUCCACAUUUUGUUACGUUACAGCCUUAUUCUAAAAUGAACUAAAUUGUUUUUUUCCCCCUCAUCAAUCUACACACAAUACCCCAUAAUGACAAAGUGAAAACAGGUUUUUAGACAUUUUUGCAAAUGUAUUAAAAAUUAAAUGCCGAUGACUUAUUUACAUAAGUAUUCAGACCCUUUGCUAUGUGACUCGAAAUUGAGCUCAGGUGCAUCCUGUUUCCAUUGAUCAUCCUUGAUGUUUCUACAACUGUAUUGGAGUCCACCUGUGGUAAUCGGACAUGAUUGAUUGGACAUGAUUGGAAGGCAUGUAACCCAAGGUAGUGGGUCGAUCCCCGGGACCACCCAUACAAAAAAAAUGUAUCAGCAUGACUGUAAGUCGCUUUGGAUAAAGCGUCCCGCUAAAUGGCAAUUUUUAUAUUAUUAUUAUUAUUAUAUUAUUAUUAUAUUAUAUUUAUUGGACAGAUUUGGAAAGGCCAACACUGUUAUAUAGUCCACAGUUGACGUGCAUUUCAGAGCAAAAAACCAAACCAUCAGUCGAAGAAUUGUCGUAGAGGCUCCGGACAGGAUUGGUGUCGAGGCCAGAUCUGGGAAGGGUACUAAAAAAUGUCUGCAGCUUGAAGGUCCCCAAGAAAUCGGUGGCCUCCAUCAUUCUAAAAUGGAAGAAGUUUGGAACCACCAAGACACUUCCUAGAGCUGGCCGCCCGGCCAAACUGAGCAAUUGGGGAAGAAGGGCCUUGGUCAGGGAGGUGACCAAGAACCCGAUGGUCACUCUGACAGAGCUCCCGAGUUCCUCUGUGGAGAUGGGAGAAACUUGCAGAAGGACAACCAUCUCAAACACAGAUUCAACAAUAAAGAGCAGGUAGGUUUUCCAAUGCCUCGUAAAGAAGGGCACCAAUUGAUGAAUUCACCUUUCAGCAGGACAAUAACCUAAAAAUCUACACUGGAGUUGCUUACCAAGAAGAUAGUGAAUGUUCCUGAGUGGCCAAAUUACAGUUUUGACUUAAAUCUGCUUGAAAAUCUAUGGCAAGACCUGAAAAUGGUUGUCUAGCAAUGAUCAACAUCCAAUUUGACAGAGCUUGAAGAAUUUUGAAAAAAAUUUGGAAAGCUCUUAGAGACUUAUCCAGAAAGACUCACAGGUGUAAUCGCUGCCAAAGGUGACUCUAACAUGUAUUGACUCAGGGGGUUGAAUACUUAUCUAAUCAAGGUAUAUUAGUGAUUUAUUUUUCAUAAUUGUUUUACAAUUAUUUUUUACUGUUUUCUUCCACUUUGACAUUAAAACCAUUUUUAAUCCCACUUUGUAACACAGCAAAAUGUGGAAAAAGUAAAGGGGUGUGAAUAAUUUUUGAAGGCUACCUCAAUUAUUAUUUUUUAAAACAUUUUUGGUCUUUUAGCAGAUGCUCUUAUCCAUUCUUCAUUUUCAUACCUCUGCACAUCAACUCGGUACUGGUACUUCCUGUAUAUAGAAAUAUUAUUUUUUACUCGUUAUUGUUAUUCAUUAUUCACUCUGUAUUUAUUCCUAGUGUCACUAUUUUUUUAAAUGUUAAUUUUUUUGUAUCUUUAACUCUGCAUUGUUGGAAAAUGACCAGUAAGUAAGCUAGUUAGUCUACUCCUGUUGUUUACGAAGCAUGUGACAAAUAGCAUUUGAUUUAAUUUGAUAGACCUACAUACAGCUUCUCUUCUAUCAUUAUAUGUUGUCCCAGAAGACUAAAUAAACCCUUCCUCACCAGAAUAAUGUCAUUAAAAUUGAUAAAAUGAAUGCUUCAAUCUAGUUGACAUCAGUAAAGUUGUAUCUUUCAUCUCUGCUUCUCUCGCGCAGCAAAGAUGUUUAGGUACCGGGGAGAAAAUGCAAAAACAAAAAAAUAAAAAUAACGAUUUUUGGUUGCGAAAUAUCCAAAUGACAUCAGUUUGACAAUUUUAAGGAAAUUAAAAAGCUGUGAAAAAUAUCCAACAUGUUUCUGAUAAGAUUUCAGUUCAGCUUGGAGGCCUAUUUUAUGUGGUUGAAAUAGUAUCAGCCUUUAUGAUGCUGAUAAAGUUGGCACCUUUACACACGGUCCCUAACUGCACAUUCAUUCUCUCGAGAUGCUUAAAGAAAGAAGUCACAUUUCUCCACUCCGGUUGCCGAGUCAAAACGUAUAUUUGGUGUAUCAUUUUAAUGCAAUAAAUGCUUAUUUCUGCAGGAGUUCAUAUUGUAUUAGGCUAUGUGAGAGGUUAUAGACCUACAGUCAGUGUCCAGAUUUCAGUUACUAUUCCAUUUAACCCAUCUGAACAGUGCAGUUCCCUUGACAUGCCAUAGUUGGAGUUCCUGUCUUGUGACUGACACAUUUGUAAAGGGCUUCACAAUCAUCACACAUAACAUCUUUCCCAAACAUCAGGCUACUGUUCUGACCCUCCCUUAUAUAACAUUAGAUUACUGUUCUGACCCUCCCUUCUAUAACAUUAGACUACUGUUCUGACCCUCCCUUCUAUAACAUUAGACUACUGUUCUGACCCUCCCUUCUAUAACAUUAGACUACUGUUCUGGCCCUCCCUUCUAUAACAUUAGACUACUGUUCUGACCCUCCCUUCUAUAACAUUAGACUACUGUUCUGACCCUCCCUUCUAUAACAUUAGACUACUGUUCUGGCCCUCCCUUCUAUAACAUUAGACUACUGUUCUGACCUUCCCUUAUAUAGCAUUAGACUACUGUUCUAACCCUCCCUUCUAUAACAUUAGACUACUGUUCUGACCCUCCCUUAUAUAGCAUUAGACUACUGCUCUGACCCUCCCUUAUAUAACAUUAGACUACUGUUCUGACCCUCCCUUAUAUAACAUUAGAUUACUGUUCUGACCUUCCCUUCUAUAACAUUAGACUACUGUUCUGACCCUCCCUUCUAUAACAUUAGACUAUUGUUCUGACCCUCCCUUCUAUAACAUUAGAUUACUGUUCUGACCCUCCCUUAUAUAACAUUAGAUUACUGUUCUGACCUUCCCUUCUAUAACAUUAGACUACUGUUCUGACCCUCCCUUCUAUAACAUUAGACUACUGUUCUGACCCUCCCUUCUAUAACAUUAGACUACUGUUCUGACCCUCCCUUAUAUAACAUUAGAUUACUGUUCUGACCCUCCCUUCUAUAACAUUAGACUACUGUUCUGACCCUCCCUUAUAUAACAUUAGAUUACUGUUCUGACCUUCCCUUCUAUAACAUUAGACUACUGUUACUGACCCUCCCCCUUCUAUAACAUUAGACUACUGUUCUGACCCUCCCUUCUAUAACAUUAGACUACUGUUCUGACCCUCCCUUCUAUAACAUUAGACUACUGUUCUGACCCCUCCCUUCUAUACAUUAGACUACUGUUCUGACCCUCCCUUCUAUAACAUUAGACUACUGUUCUGACCCUCCCUUCUAUAACAUUAGACUACUGUUCUGACCUCCCUUCUAUAACAUUAGACUACUGUUCUGGCCCUCCCUUAUAUAACAUUAGAUUACUGUUCUGACCCUCCCUUCUAUAACAUUAGACUACUGUUCUGACCCUCCCUUCUAUAACAUUAGACUACUGUUCUGACCCUCCCUUCUAUAACAUUAGACUACUGUUCUGACCCUCCCUUCUAUAACAUUAGACUACUGUUCUGGCCCUCCCUUCUAUAACAUUAGACUACUGUUCUGACCCUCCCUUCUAUAACUUUAGACUGUUCUGACCCUCCCUUCUAUAACAUUAGACUACUGUUCUGAUCCCCCCUUCUAUAACAUUAGACUACUGUUCUGACCCUCCCUUCUAUAACAUUAGACUACUGUUCUGACCCUCCCUUCUAUAACAUUAGACUACUGUUCUGAUCCUCCCUUCUAUAACAUUAGACUACUGUUCUGAUCCUCCCUUCUAUUUAUUUUCAACACUCCAGCUUUUCUCUUAUUGAAUAAAACUCUGACAUUGUCCUUUUUGCCUCAGUGGAUCAAGCAUUUGGCAGUUGGCGUGUAUUUGACACGCGUACAGUUAGGCACGAAAUCUUAGGCUUGCGCAAUAACGCCAGAUAAAAAAAUAAUGAAAGAACCUCAGUGUAGCUAGCCUAUAGGUAUGACUCGCACAAUAAUUAUACAUGUAUGCAUUUUUCUGUAUUGUUUUGUCUUCAUUCAACCCGCCCGCCACAGUAUUUCAUGACCCUAAACCUGCCCGCCCCGCUAGCGAGCUGUGUGCUUUGUGUUCUGAUUGGCCUAUUUCCCCACAGAGUUCCUGUUCCUGGGAUGGAGGCGCACAUUCCUGUUCUCUUCCUGGACCUCAGUGGUACGUUCUGUUCUGUCCUCCCCUGUCUUCACCAACAUCACUGAUGUGUUCUGUUCUUCCCUUUUCUCUUCCCUUCAUCUUUGUCACUGAUAGAAAUAAUAUUUUUGACUCUGAACUCACGUAACCUCUAUCUCAUCACUCUCUCCCUCCCUCCCUCCCUCCCUCCCUCCCCCCCUCCCCCCUCUCUCUCUCUCCUCCCUCCCUCCCCUCUCUCUCUCUCCCUCCCUCCCUCCCCCUCUCUCUCUCUCUCCUUCCCUCCUUCCCUCCCCUCUCUCUCUCUCUCCUUCCCUCCCUCCCCCCCCCUCUUUCUCCUCCUCUCUCUCCUCUAUCUCACUCUCUCCCUCUCCCCUUCCCUCCUCCCCUCCUCUCUCUCUCUCAUCUCUCUCCUCUCUCUCUCCUUUCCUCCUUCUCUCCCUCCCCCCUUCUCUCUCUCCCCCCCUCUCCUCUCCUUCACUCUCCUCCCUCCCUCCCUCCCCCCCCCUUCCAGCUGAUUGAUUUCCAGAUAACCUAUCUGCUACACUGGCUGGGGGUCUAGAUGCCAUGCUUAACCAGGAGGAUGAGGAUGCGUUCUUUGACCUGCACAUAGUCAAGCACUACGAUGAAGAGGUGAGGACCAUGGAGAGACCAACACACCAACACAGUAUUAGGCUUGUCAUACCCCCUACCCCCAACACAGUAUUAGGCUUGUCAUACCCCCUACCCCCAACACAGUAUUAGGCUUGUCAUACCCCCUACCCCCAACACAGUAUUAGGCUUGUCAUACCCCCUACCCCCAACACAGUAUUAGGCUUGUCAUACCCCCUACCCCCAACACAGUAUUAGGCUUGUCAUACCCCCUACCCCCAACACAGUAUUAGGCUUGUCAUACCCCCUACCCCCAACACAGUAUUAGGCUUGUCAUACCCCCUACCCCCAACACAGUAUUAGGCUUGUCAUACCCCCUACCCCCCAACACAGUAUUAGGCUUGUCAUACCCCCUACCCCCAACACAGUAUUAGGCUUGUCAUACCCCCUACCCCCAACACAGUAUUAGGCUUGUCAUACCCCCUACCCCCAACACAGUAUUAGGCUUGUCAUACCUCUGCUGCAGAGGAUAAGUUCAUUAGAGUUACCAGCCUCAGAAAUUGCAGCCCAAAUAAAUGCUUCACAGAGUUCAAAUAACAGACACAUCUCAACAUCAACUGUUCAGAGGAGACUGUGUGAAUCAGGCCUUCAUGGUCAAAUUGAUGGCGAUUCCCAGCCCUAAUCUUGAUCCUGUAAGGGCCUUUUGACGUAGUGUACUCUGUUUUUUCAGACUUUUGUGGUGUACAUGUUGUUUGCUGACAUGCUGCUUUUAUAUUGAUCUAUCUUCAUCUGGUGGAUGUCAUGUGACUGUCUGUCUGGUGGAUGUCAUGUGACUGUCUGUCUGGUGGAUGUCAUGUGACUGUCUGUCUGGUGGAUGUCAUGUGACUGUCUGUCUGGUGGAUGUCAUGUGACUGUCUGUCUGGUGGAUGUCUGGUUGAUGUCAUGUGACUGUCUGUCCGGUGGAUGUCAUGUGACUGUCUGUCUGGUGGAUGUCAUGUGACUGUCUGUCUGGUGGAUGUCUGUCUGGAGGAUGUCAUGUGACUGUCUGUCCGGUGGAUGUCAUGUGACUGUCUGUCUGGUGGAUGUCAUGUGACUGUCUGUCUGGUGGAUGUCAUGUGACUGUCUGUCCGGUGGAUGUCAUGUGACUGUCUGUCCGGUGGAUGUCAUGUGACUGUCUGUCUGGUGGAUGUCAUGUGACUGUCUGUCUGGUGGAUGUCUGUCUGGAGGAUGUCAUGUGACUGUCUGUCCGGUGGAUGUCAUGUGACUGUCUGUCUGGUGGAUGUCAUGUGACUGUCUGUCUGGUGGAUGUCAUGUGACUGUCUGUCCGGUGGAUGUCAUGUGACUGUCUGUCUGGUGGAUGUCAUGUGACUGUCUGUCCGGUGGAUGUCAUGUGACUGUCUGCCUGGUGGAUGUCAUGUGACUGUCUGUCCGGUGGAUGUCAUGUGACUGUCUGCCUGGUGGAUGUCAUGUGACUGUCUGUCUGAAACGGACCUGUUGAUGCUGCUUUCUUGGUCCAGAUCUCUCUUGAAAAAUAGAUGUUUAUCUCAGCGAGACUAAGCUGGUUAAAUAAAGGUUAAAUAAAAAUGCUGGUUGUUAUGAUUAUUGUGAUGGGUCACAGGACGAUGUUUUGAGAACCGCUGCUGUCCAAGGCACCACGGCUUGUUCCAGCAAACCAAGUGCACACUUUUUAUAUCCCUUCUCUUCCCUCCCAGGUUGGUGCGGAGGCGUCGUGGGACUCUACGGUACAUGACUGUCCCCAGCUGAGUCGCAGUGUGGCAGCUGACCUCAGGGUGUACCUGACUGUCAGGGUCAUAGUUCAGCUCUCUCACCCUGCCAACAUGCAGCUGGUCCUCAGAAAACGCAUCUGUGUCGUCCUAGCCGGACAACAGGUAGGAGGGAGAGAGAGACACCACACACACACACACACACACACACACACACACACACACACACACACACACACACACACACACACACACACACACACACACACACAAACCAGACGUCAGACACACACACACACACACACACACACCGGACUACAGGUCAGAAACCUGCUCAGUAUCUUGCAUAAUACAGGUGUACAUGUUUAAAAACAAAUCUUUAUUAAUUUCCGCAUGUAAUUAUUAGUAUCCAGCCUAUAACAAUGAUUUUGUAUGAUGUAAAACUACAUUGUCUUGUUGUCUGAUGUUUUAAUAUCAUGGUGAUGUAUCAGGGUUGGGGUCAGAGUCUGCUGAAGAGGAUGUCUCAUCGCAGCACCAUCCCUGGCUGUGGAGUCACCUUUGACGUCGUCUCCAACAUACCCGGGGUGAGAGUGGCUUUUAGCGGGGAACUGUCGGUGCCAACACCGCACCCAUAAACUAUUCUAUCUCAGUUUGCCACGCUCUGUAUGCAUUACCUGUGGCAGUGGUUUUCAACUUCCCGUGUAGCCCAGUUGGUAGAGCAUGGCGUUUUGCAACGCCAGGGUUGUGGGUUCGAUUCCCACGGGGGGGGGGGGGGGGGCAGUAUGAAAAUGUAUGCACUCACUAAAAAACUGUAAGUCGCUCUGGAUAAGAGCGUCUGCUAAAUGACUAAAAUGUUAAAUGUAAAUGAACCGGUGCCUGAUGUUGCUGACAAUCCCUCUGAUAGUUAGCUGACACUAAUUUCUUAAGUGCUAGUUUCACUGAAAGGGGUCCUCCAAGAAAGAAGGACCUGUAGUUUGCAGGUCGCUUUGACACGUGAAAGAUCACAGCUUGCCGAUCUCUCUCUUUACAACACUGAUCUAAGUCUCUGAUCCUCUCCGCUCCUCCUUCAGGAUAUCCAGGGUCCAGAGGACAGAGAGAUGCUGGCCAGACUAGCAGCCAGUGUGGAUGUUCAGGAUGGCCAGUCAGCUGACAGUGAGGCUGCCAUAGAGAAGUACCUCCGCAGCGUCCUGUCUGUGGAGAAUAUACUCACCCUGGACCGAUUACGACAGGUCCGCACGCACGCACGCACGCACGCGCGCGCACACCACACACACACACACACACACACACACACACACACACACACACACACACACAAUAAUACAUAUCUUCAACUCUUACAUAACAUAAACCCUGUGUGUGUGUGCGUGUGUGUGUGUGUGUGUGUAGGAAGUAGCAGUGAAGGAGCAGUUGUCUGUCAAGUCCAAGUCUCUCAGCUCUCCUAACGUGAACCGGGUAAGAAGCUACAUGGUCCACCUAUCCUUCACUGAUUUACUCAAAGCCAUAACAUCCUCCCUGUAACUGAUUUUAACUACUAACUCAUUAGUUAGUUAACCAUUAACACUACAACAACCCGUCCUAGUAACAUGUUCCAUGCUGAUCUCACUCUGGUUUCAACAACCUAUUUUAGCUGUCAGGAUCCUGGAGCAGACAGGAUCUGUCCUCCAAUCACAGGCUAAAUGACAACAAGGUGAGACUUUAACCAAGUUCCUUAUUGUUCUCUAUGACUUACCUAUAUAAUAAGCUAUAGUUAUUCUCUAUCAUUUUUAUACUUUUUCUUGACAUGGUCAAUUAACUCAAGCAUAGAUUGGUAACUUUUUUUUUUUCCUAAUUUGACACAGAAACUAUAUGGCCAUGAAUAACUUGGUCUACAAGUGGCGCAGUGGUCCAGUGUUGUCCAGGGUAGGGGAGGGUAGAGCAUGUAGCUCAGCUGGUAGAGCAUGGCGUUUGCAACGCCAGGGUUGUGGGUUCGAAUCCCACAGGGGGCCAGUAUAUAAAAUAAAAAUAAUGUAUGCACUCACUAACUUUAAGUCGCUCUGGAUAAGAGCGUCUGCUAAAUGACUAAAAUGUCAAUGUAAAAUGUCUCAAAUAAUGCUACCGAUUGGCCUAUAGGUGGCGGUGUUAUAUGCAGCCUCAUUUAAACCCUCAUAUCCGUCGCCCCAUUUGACCUAGAGACUUGAAACAUUGUAUGUAGGUGUCUUACCUCAUGCUGAACAAAGGACCAAUAAGGUCCGUCGGGAUAGAUUUUCCUCCAUCUUGGAAAUUUUGGAAAACUUUUGAGUCCAAGAGAUGGCUGAGUUAUUGAUUAUAUCAGGAUCCAUUUUAAAUUAUUUUUAAAAUCCACUUCACAAUGGCCUAUCAACUUGAACCUUUUUAGGGUCAUCAAAGACAUUACCGUGAUGAACCAUGUUAAGUUUGGCAUUGAUAUCUUAUAAAAUAGGGUGAGAAAUAAAAAUAAAUAAAAAAGGAAAAAAGGAAACUAUUAACAAUUCACUUCUAUAUAACGCAAAAAAAUAAUCAUAAAAAAUCUUCUCAUGGACUGAAAGUCAGAUUCACUCCAAAUUUGGUCUUUGGACUCGUCACCAGGGGUGAAAUACGGCGGUCCGGCAAAAUAAAUAGUGGGGGUAACGCUGUACCGGUAAAACAUGAGCCUAUCACAACAAUGAAAACAAAAUGUCAAGAAAACAGUAGGCUAUUACACCAUUAUUUAUCAUUACCACAUGUCAGACAAAUUAGUGGACUUAGAAAACUGGUGUUUAUAGCCUACGCUCCAAAAUGCCAUGUUGUUCGAGGAGGACACAGAAUUUUUGCCAAGGCAGAGUUGAAGUGGCUAAAAACCGAGACUCGCACAGACAGCAAUGGAGCCAUUGAAGCCAUUUAAAUCUGUCGCCAAAGACGUUACACUUUUUGGUGUUUUGUGUAACGGGAUGUCUUUUUCCAUUCACCAAUAUUUAGAGGCUGGAAAUAUGUUUCUAGUGGAUGAACGUACGCAGGUAGCCUAGUAAAGGAUCCCUUUUGAAGUGAUCGUUUGACAAUCAGAUGAAAACAUCAUGACUGGUGGUGUUGAUGCCACAAUAAAAGGUCAUACAUUUUAUAGGUUAAAUGACAAAUCUUUAUGACACGGCCCACAUACAGUAGAUGCUAUUGAAUUAAUACGGUUCUAAAUAUAAAUCUAUGAUUGGGUAGCCGUCUGGAGCAGCAGUUUGACGAGGGCGGCAUUUUUCGAGCUAAACUAACCAAGACGCACCUCCGACAACGACAUAACACCUCACAUUAUUCUGCCCCAAAACAAAGAUAAACUUCUCUCACUCAGUGGCAUGAGGGCUAUUCAGGUGAGCGCUGAUGCCACCCCAUGAUAAGCAGCGCCCACUUUGACAGGGGCGCAAAAUAUUGAUCUUGUCCAUGCCCGGCGCUCCUCCCCAGGGUGCUGUUGGAGAAACGCAGCGCCUGCGGCGCUCCACCGACGCUCCAUCAAAUUAAUUUAACAUAAAUUAGGCCUAUGUAGCCUACAGUAGAAAAAGUAGUAGCCUAUGUGUUUUUUCUGUAGCCCCGUGACUGGAGCCCAAAUGUUAUUUUUAAAUCCCUUUAUACAUCAGCAGACGUCACUAAGUGCUGUACAGAAAACCCAGCCUCAAACCCCAAACAGCAGCAAGCAAUGCAGAUGUAGAAGCACCCUGAGACGGACACUUUUUUAAAAUCAUUACUUAUUAAUGAGGAGAGAGAGAGUGCAGGACAAAGUCAACUAAAAAGGCAAGCGGGCAGACAUCAGCUUUUGGAGCGGCUGAGGCAUAAUCAAACAGAGGCGGACGGCAAAUGGUGCUGAAAGUUAUUCAUUUCAACAAUUGUCUUCAUUUUAAUUGGACUUCACUAACAACAAUGGGGCUUUGUUGGAGACUAUUUCUACCUAUUCAAACAAAAAUAAAUAAGAGGCAGGCCUACCUGUUUGACAGAUGCAAUUAUGCAUUAUUCAUUAAUUAAUUAUUAUAUCCAUAGAUGUGUCGGCAUAGCAAAAUCCUCCAGUACUGUCACCAUGCAGUGCAUGGUUAAACACCUCCGUGUCCUGGAAGGGCUUGGUGUGUUUGGUUAAAACCAGACACUCUCAGAUUAAGUGAGGGCAGGCCUUUGUUUAAGAAAAGGGCAAAAAGGAUACCUGUCGUUUAGCUUUAUAUUUUGAAAUAAAUACAUAAAAAGUAUCCAGAUAAUAAUAAAACGGGGCCAUUCUGCCGCCCAUACAUUUUUCGGGUUGCGCGCGGGUGCACACAGGAGGUCCGGUAUCGGGAAGAAAUUCAAUCUACUUACACCCCUGCUCAUCACAAUAGUCCCUAAAGAGUUUGAGAAAAAAUAAUGCUGAUUCAAAGAUGGCCACACUAUACCAGUAGAUGCACGCUAGCACAUACACUAAUGUGCUAAAAAAAAAUACAUGAACCAUAAGACCAAAUGAUACCAAAUGGAAUGUAGGCCCCUGGUACUUGUCUUAACUUAGUUGGAGAAGAGCUAAGGGAUUUGGUCAAAAGAUGGCUGAGUUAUUGAUAAAUCAGGAAAUAUGAUUUUAUGAGUCCAUUUAAACCACAGUGGCCUAUUAACUUGAAACGUGUCAUCGCUAUCAUGGAUAUCCUUAAGAUGAACCACACUGAAUUUGGUAUUGAUAUCUAAAGAAACAAGGAAGCUAUUAACAACUCAUGCUAUGCAUAUGUAAUGCUAAUGCUCAACAUCGUCUGCAAUCAUCUUCUCCUCAUGAACCAUACGUCAGAUUCACUCCAGAUUUUGGAUUUAGACAUUAGUCGUUAAUGGUUUUGAGAAAAAAGGUGUUGCUGCGUUCAAAUAUGGUCGCACUGUAGCUAUAGAUGCACGUUAGCACGUAUGCUAAUGCAAAUAUACUUUUUUUUUUUAAUCUCCUCAUGAAUCGUAAAUCAGAUUGACUCCAGAUUUAGUAUAUAGACUCAAUGAAUUAGCCUCUAAUGAAUUUGAGAAUUAUUAGUUGCUGCAUUCAAAGUUGGCCACACUACACCACUAGAUGGCACCAUAUCACACCAGAGCUAUAAGAACUGAACUGAUGGACAUGGGGCCAUGUAAUUUGGUAUACAUUUACAUUUUAGUCAUUUAGCAGACGCUCUUAUCCAGAGCGACUUACAGUUAGUGAAUACAUAUUUUUUUUAUACUGGCCCCCCGUGGGAAUCGAACCCACAACCCUGGCGUUGCAAACACCAUGCUCUAUCAACUGAGCUACAUCCCUGCCGGCCAUUCCCUGGGCCAAUUGUGCGCCGCCCAUGAGUCUCCCGGUCGCGGCCGGCUGCGACAGAGCCUGGAUUCGAACCAGGAUCUCUAGUGGCACAGUUAGCACUGCGAUGCAGUGCCUUAGACCACUGCGCCACUCAGGAGACAUGUAAACCAUAUGUAUAUGUCCUUAGAAGCUGUGUAAAUAUAAAGUCUCUGCAACCUUAGAUGGCUGUACCAGGCCAGUGGGUGGCACUAUAGAUGUCAUAGAGCAAUAACUAUUGAUCAAGUGGACUUUGUCUCAUGCAAAUGAAUGUUAGGUUAUGCAGAUGAACAAUGUGAAAUAGUUCCAACAUGAUAGUGCUUGUUUUGUUAUCCAAAUGAUCUUGUCCUUUUUGUCAUCUUGUGAACCCCGUUCAUUGCUGCUCGCAGCUAUAUUUUCAGUUUGAAAUACAAAUAGACGUCCCCCGUGCACACAGCCCAUAUUUUUCAGCCUCUAGUUUCACCUAUAGUUUCAACUGACUAUGAAGCAGAAUUGCAACAUAAGAUAAACAGUUUGAACAAUGACAAUACCUUUUAUAACAACAAUACAGUAACAAUAUCUAACAAUAUAUGUAGAUAAUGUCUGCUUCUCGUCUCCUCAGGGCUGGUCAGAGAGUCACCAGGACCUGUCAGUGUUCUCUCCACCGUCCAACUCCAGACGCACCCUCCCUAGCUCUGCCCUGCCUCUGGCCCAGAACAUCCACCCUGAGACUGGUGAGAACAACAAACAAUGCCUCUGUUACGUCAGGGCCGAUGAUCGCUAUCGCUAACCUUUUCCUCAUUUAUAACUGUCACUAGUGCUGGUAUUCCUAUUAGAUCUGUCCUCUGUUACUGUGGUUUCAUCUAUUGGUUUAUCCAAUUAGAUCUGUCCUCUGUUACUGUGGUUUCAUCUGUUGGUGUAUCCUAUUAGAUCUGUCCUCUGUUACUGUGGUUUCAUCUGUUGGUUUAUCCUAUUAGAUCUGUCCUCUGUUUCCUCACUAACUUAUUUCUUCGUCUUUCCUUUCUCCUUCUUUUAAUUUUCCUCCUCCUCCUCCCUCCCCCGUACCCCCUUCCUCCUCUUUUUCCUACUCCUCCUCCUCUUCCUCCUCCUCCCUCCCCGUACCCCCUUCCUCCUCUUUUUCCUACUCCUCCUCCUCUUCCUCCUCCUCCCUCCCCGUACCCCCUUCUUCUUCCUCCUCCUCCCUCCCCGUACUCCCUUCCUCUUCCUCCUCCUCCCUCCCCGUACCCCCUUCCUCCUCCUCCUCCUCGUCCUCCUCCCUCCCUCCCCGUACCCCCCUUCCUCCUCUUCCUCCUCCCUCCCCGUACCCCCUUUCUCCUCCUCCUCGUCCUCGUCCUCCUUCUUCCUCCUCCCUCCCCGUACCCCCUUCCUCCACCUCAUCUUCCUCCUCCCUCCCCGUACCCUCGUCCUUCCUCCUCCCUCCCCGUACCCCCUUCCUCGUCCUCCUCCUCCCUCCCCGUACCCCCCUUUUCCUUCUCCUUUUCCCUCCCCGUACCCUCUUCUUUCUCCUCCCUCCCCGUACCCCCCUUCCUCGUCGUCCUCCUCCUCCCUGUACCCCCUUUGUCCUCCUCCUCCUCCCUCCCCGUACCCUCUUCUUCCUCCUCCCUCCCCGUACCCCCUUCCUCGUCCUCGUCCUCCCUCCCCGUACCCCCUUCCUCCUCCUCCUCUUCCUCUUCCUCGCCUCCCUCCUCUUUCCUCCUCUUACCCUCUCCAGGUCUCUCACGGCAUGCUCGUGCUGCCUCUUAUUUCUCCCCAGUCAAGGCUCUGGUUCCUCCUGUCCCCAAACUGCUCAAGUCCCUGUUCCCCACCAGGGAGGAGAAGAGAGACCUGACCCAUGUCCCACAGCAGGUAAUGUACUAAACUAAUAACACUACUGAUCUCUGGUCAGUUCAUAGACCAGACCCCUAUCUGCCAGCAAGUAUUUACUCUACUGCUGAACAUGUUUUCUACCCUUUAACAGUAACAACUGCUUUGUGGUCAGUUCUUAUCUAUAGCAUAUGCUUCAUUCAGAGCAACUAAAAACACAUGCUGCCCUUAAACACUAUAUAUAAUCUACAUUCACGUUAUCUCACACAUUUAGUAACCUGCUCUAUGUGAUAGAAGCGGCCAUCUAUUGUUGUACUAGGGUAUAAUAUACAGUACCUCUGAUGGUCUCUGUAUGGGAGUAUUCUCCAGCAGUGUGAAGGUGUGGUGGAGUGACAGCGGUUGUGUUUCAGGUGUUAUCUGCUGAGCCAGAGGAUGACAGGGUAGUUCUGUUUGACCUGCUGCCUAUGGCUUCAGUAGGUUAUUCUCCUGCUCCUAAAAAUAGCAUCUUCCAAGCAAAACAUCAGAAAACCAAUCACCUCUCAUUUCUGACCGUGAUUCCAGAAUUCAGCUGGAAGUCUGAUUCUGCUGUUGCAGCUGACCUGCUUUGUGUCUUUUCUCACCUGAACCCAUGUCUGUUGCUAAACCCCCCCCCCCCCCCCUCACCACUUAUCUGAGGAGAUAGAGGUUUGAAAUGUUUAGCUGUGAAAUGGGCUUUAUAAUGCUUUAUUUAAUUCCCUGGGUUUUGAGCAGGUCAGAAACUACGUUUAGAAUGGAGGGUGAUUUUAAUAGAAAAGGGACAUGAAUCUGUAUACUGUCCCGAGAUCAGAGGCUGGAAGAGAGCUUGGGCCCUGUUUUCUGUAAUGACAUCUGUGAUUGAUUUAGCUGUCAUAUACUCUGUGAAACAUCUCAGACCAAACUUUUAACAGGUGUUCUCAUCUUUAGCCUCUCCCUCAGAGCCUACCUCGAAUCGUAGUGCAGUCAGCAAGCGUUGAAGAGGACUUGGAUACUAAACUUAGUCGUCACUUGGUAAGUUACUUGAUCGUCUGUCCCUAGUAAGUAUUGAGAAGCACGGUAAUAUGCUCAUCACCAUUCAUUACUAGUUUAAUGUUUGUGUCGCCAUUGGUUAAUUCCACAGGUUCCCAUUGGGGAAAUCAUCCCCCCAGAGAGCCAAUCAGAGGCCCUGAAAACCAUGCCCCUCCCCCCGCCUAUCAUCCAGCCCACCAUCCCUGAGAUAGAAGACCCCGCCGCCAGUCCGGUCAGCGAGGCAUCCAGUGGCUACAUGUCCACCAGCGUCUCCACAGCAACCCUGUCAGAGGCCUACCUGAUUUGUGGUGACCUCACUCUGUCAGCCAAUCUCAGGCCAGACGGCUUUGAGGCGACGCACAGGUCGUUCGAGGCCGACAUCGGUCGGUAUCUUCAUCGGGAGUCUAACAUGGCCGGUCAGGAGGAAGAGUCUCCUCAGAUACCGCAGGCCGCUGCUACUGACCUGGAGGCUUCAGAGACGCAGAGCACUGAUACUAGUACGCCCCAGGUAGACAGGACCGAUACCGAUACACUCGGAGCAGAAUCUCCUCUCCCGUUGAAACCACGUGGAACUUCAGCAGAACCUCUUCUCAUAUCAGAACCCUAUGAAUCCUCAGGAGAACCUGAAGAUAUGACUCCACCAGAGCCACUGACACAGUCCACGCCACACAAGUUCACACAAGAAUACUACAGACUACUACCAUCUGUAGUAGCAAACCAGACGGAACAAUCAAUCCAGCCGGUCAAGUCUGUACAAGAACAAAUGUCUUCACCAGACAAGUCAACAGAAAAACUGUCUGUGCUAUUAGACCAGUCAGAACCACCAGUGCACAUAGAAGAACCAGUCCAGUUAGAAGAACCACCAGUCCACAUAGAAGAGCCAGUCCAAUUAGAAGAACUACCAGUGGAGCCAGAGUCACCUUGGGAACAGCGUGAGACAACAGCUGAGUCCGCAUCACCUGGUGAGCCAGAGCUACCAGAAGAACAACACCAGCUGGCACCUCUAGACCAGCUGGCACCUCUAGACCAGCUAGCACCUCUAGACCAGCUGGCACCAACAUACAAACUAGCACCGGCAAACCAGCCUGAACCUGCACUUACCCCUGUAGAGCCUCUGGUUGUCAAGCCUGCACCUAGCCAGCCAGCCGAAGACCCAACCCUAGCCCCAACCCUAGCUCCAGCCCCAGCUCCAGCUCCAUCCCCAGCCCCAGCUCCAUCCCCAGCCCCAGCCCCAGCCCCAGCUCCAGCCCCAACCCCAGCUCCAGCCCCAACCCUAGCUCCAGCCCCAGCCCCAGCUCCAGCCCCAACCCCAGCUCCAGCCCCAACCCCAGCUCCAGCUCCAACCCUAGCUCCAGCCCCAACCCUAGCUCCAGCCCCAUCCAUAGCUCCAGCCCCAACCCCAGCUCCAGCCCCAACCCUAGCCCCAUCCAUAGCCCUAGCUCCAGCCCCAACCCUAGCUCCAGCCCCAACCCCAGCCCCAGCCCCAGCCCCAGCUCCAGCCCCAACCCCAGCUCCAGCCCCAACCCUAGCUCCAGCCCCAGCCCCAGCUCCAGCCCCAACCCUAGCUCCAGCCCCAACCCCAGCUCCAGCUCCAACCCUAGCUCCAGCCCCAACCCUAGCUCCAGCCCCAUCCAUAGCUCCAGCCCCAACCCCAGCUCCAGCCCCAACCCUAGCCCCAUCCAUAGCCCUAGCUCCAGCCCCAACCCUAGCUCCAGCCCCAACCCCAGCUCCAGCCCCAACCCUAGCUCCAGCUCCAAUCACAGCUGUAGCUCCUGUACCUCUCCCAGCCAAAGCCCCUCUCCUAACCCUAACCCCUGUCCCAGCCAAAGCCCCUCUCCUAACCCUAACCCCUGUCCCAGCCCUUCUUCCAGCACUAGUCGUCAAACCUCCCACUCAUAGUAGCUCGGCAGCCAACCCAUUCAAGAUCCAGAAAGUAAAGACGUCCGAUCUGAAGUCCUUCCAUCCUGUCUUAAAUGAGGAUGAGAGCCAGGCCCAGGCCAGGAACAGUGAUCUUGGUGCUGGUCUCUCUGUCCCUCUGGAGAUCCUCUCCGACUCAGACGAAGGAGCCAGUGACACAGCCACAGCAGUGCCUGACUGGCUGAAGGAGGGGGAGUAUGUGACUGUAGGAACUAAUAAAAGUGGCACGGUGUGCUACGUGGGACCUACGGACUUCGCUGACGGAACCUGGGUCGGAGUGGAGCUGGACUUACCUGCCGGUAGGUAGAAGAGUUUGUGUGAUGUGUUCUGAUUUGUAUUUAUUUUUUACUGUACGAUUCUGCUGUAGUUCUUGUUGCGGCUAGCUAUGUCUUGUGUGUGAUUUAUAUUUAGAGUAAAUUAACGUUACCCCGUGUUUAAUGUCUCACUGGCUCUCUCUCUAUCCAGGGAAAAAUGACGGGUCCGUGGGUGGAAAGCACUACUUCCACUGUAACCCUGGUUACGGGGUGUUGGUGCGUCCUGAUAGGGUGAGCCGUGGAGGAGUCGGGGGCGGGGCUAAGCAGAAGCGGCGACAGCAGCAGAAGCGUCGCAGUGCUAACCUAUCAGGGUCCAGCUCUAACCUGGCUGCCCUCACUGCCCUGGCAAAGGGAGAGGGGGCUGGGGCUGGGGCUAGUCGCAAGGGAGAGGGGGCUGGGGCCGAUCGCAAAGGAGACAACCAUAAAUCCGGGAACAGCUGAGAGGAGAGCAGGGUUAGGGUCAAUUCCAUUUCAAUUCAGUCAAUUCAAGAAGGAAACUGGAAUUCCAAUUUCAAUUUCCCUCAAUACUUCACUAGAGAUGCAUUGAGGAAAAUUGAAAUUUGAAUUUCAGUUUACUUCCCGAAUUGCUGGAAUUGAAACUGGAUUGACACGAUCCCUGGUGGGUGCUAGACUCUAGGAAACGCCACAACCAAUUAGUAGAGGUGUAAACCACAGCAACAUAUCAAGACAUAAGAGGUUCACCUCUUGCUCGUUUUUUUAAAAUGUUCAGCCACAGAUGGACAGAUAGAGGAGAGGCCCAGUUUAUGGUGCUGGCUGCAUCAAGGAGUAGGGUUUAGUUAACCCUAGUCACCUGAUCUUGGGUCAGUUGGACUUUUUCCCCCACUAAUGGUUAAGGUUAUGUUCAGGGGAGGGGGGAAGCAGAUCCUAGAACUGUACUUAGGGUAGGGGUGUCAAACUCAUUCCAUGGAGGGCCCAAGUGUCUGCUGCUUUUUGUUUUUGUCCUUUCAAUUAAAGACUUAGACAACCAGGUGAGGGGGGAGUUCCUUACUGAUCCGUGACCUAGACCAUAAGCAAUACACACAGAUAUGCAUUGCCAAACAACGCUACUGCCACCUUCUGGCUUGGAGUAUUUUAACAAGGCUGAGUGGCUGACUUCUUCGAAGGGCUUUGCUGUGUGGACUGCUGGCACUGUUCAGAGCUGCUAAGGACCGUACAGGCAAACGUUUGACAAUCCUACCGGUGUGUCUGAGCUUUAAUUCAUCGAUCAAGUACGAGGGAGGAGCAAAAACCUGCACACACUUGGCACUCUGGAAUGAGUUUGACACAUGACCUAGGGCAGGGGUUCUCAAAGUGGGAUCCGCGGACUACUGCAGGGGGUCCUCGGCCUCAAAAUAUCUGUAUUUUUUCUUUUGAAAUUUUUUUGGGGGGAAUAUUACUAACGAAAGAUUAAACACAUUUUGGCUAAGGUAUCCGUGGAAUAAUUUUAAAGUGUGUAGUACAAUGUAAUAUUAUUAAUCUGCAAUUUAUGUUCUUAAUCCUGGAGGCUCGCUGGAGGCUCACAGGGAUAUUGGUAUCCACAUUACUUUUUUAAAUAUUUUUUUUACAUAAAUGCAUUGUGAUUUAUGCUCUAAAACGGCAAAGUUUGCUCUCUGCCUCGUGGCAAAAUGUGUAGAAUUGCAGGAUAUUUGCUUGAAAACGGCAACAUUUUCUCUCCGAUGCCAAGAGGCGGCCCUUUUUAAAUGUUAUUUCUCCGGGCCCUAGACUUGGUUUGUUCAGCCGUGCACUGCAGACGUCAUAGUAAAACUCCUUGUAGGCUGUUUUUAGCACACUCGAGUUGUCUUCUGAUUAUGAGAGGGUCCUUGUUGAAUUUGCUAUCACAAAAGGGGUCCCAGGCCCCAAACAGUUUGAGAACCCCUGUCCAAGGGGAAACUUAACCUCUUUCACAUCAUCUGAAUGUAUUUUUUGACUAGUCCUGAUUGGGGGGUCUCUCAGGUUCUCAAAUAACAUGUGCCAUAUUUUAUUACCAGGGUUGCGGUCAAUUCAGGAAAUACACAAAUUCCAAUUCUCUUCCAUGCGUUUAAAUUAGGAAAUGUGGAAUUGGGAUUUGGUUUUCUUUCUGGAAUUAGCCCCAACCCUGGUUAUUACCUAUGUUAGUAGAACAGUAUGACAGAACAAUAUGUUAUGAUUGUCUGUUUUUAGCUAAAAAAUGAAAUAUUCUGUAUGUAUGAACUUUACUGAAACUGCUUGAUUUGAUCAUUUUAUGUUUGUAUGUUAUGUUUUAAGGUUUUGGGAUAGUUUGGGACGGGUAGAAUGCAAUCUGUAUGUGUUUUAUGUAUUACUGAACAAAAAUAUAACGCAACAUGUAAAGCGUUAGUCCCGUGUUUCAUGAGCUGAAGUAAAAGAUCCCAGAAAUUAUCCAUAUGCACAAAAAGCUUAUUUCUCUCUCAAGUUUUGUGCACAAAUUUUACAUCCCUAUUAGUGAGCAUUUCUCCUUUGCCAAGAUAAUCCAUCCACUUGACAGGUGUGGCCAGACAGCUGAUGAAACUGAGGAGUAUUUCUGUCUGUAAUAAAUCCCUUUUGUGGGAAAAAAAAAAAAGAAUGCUGAGUGGGUGGGCCUGACUCUCAAGUGGAUGGGACAAUGCCCACCCAUGGCUGCGCCCCUACCCAGUAAUGUGAAAUCCAUAGAUUUUAGGGCCUAAGGAAUUUAUUUCAAUUGACUAAUUUCCUUAAAUGAUCUGUAACUCAGUAAAAUUGUUAAAAUUGUUGCAAGUUGCGUUUAUAUUUUUGUUCAAUAUAGUUGGAGGGACAUUAGUUGUUGAAUGGUACUGCUGUGUAUGGAUGGGUUCUGUUUUGUAUGCAGAUUUUGGUAUUUAUGUAAUGUAUUAGGGUGUUUAAAACAUUGCACAUUGGGCUUGUUUUUAAUUAUUUAUAUGUUUCAAAUGUUUUAUAUGUGCAUUUAAUCUGAUCUGACUGUAUGAAUGUUGAUUUAUUUCUACAUGGAAACAAGACAUGCAUGCUUUAAAGAACUUGAUGGGAUGAAGACUAAUCUCCUUUUUAAUAUCAAUAUGGUGUUACAAUAAACUGUAUACUGUACAUCUUUACCAAGUUGUGGACACAGAAUUAUUUUUGAAACUUGAUUUUAUUACAUCUGUAACUACACUUCUAUAUGUCUAGGAACCUAUAAUGCUCAGGACUCUUUCCAACUCGAUGGCUCCAUUUGUCGAUAGGACUUGUAGUUUGUAUGUUCAAAGUUCCUCGUUAUAGAGCUGACAAAUUAAACUACAACUCCCAUGUAACUAUCAUCAAGGUGUUUCUAUCAAUAUGGCUGUUGUCAGUCAGACAAAGGCAAACAGUCCGCUUGUGAUUGAAAUCUAGUAAAAGGGCCGGGCACUCCUGCUACAAUCUGGUGGUUGAUCGAUGUGUUGCGCCUGUUAAUAAGUGGCAUUUCCCCGCCACACACUGUUUUGUGGUGGUGCGAUAUUAAUGGUCAAGUGUACAGCGGCACAUCGAGAUAGCUAGCUACGUAAGGUAAGAUCUGAUGUAUUUAGCAAGCUUUAACGUUAGCUGCUAGCCUAUACAUUAUUUUCAAUGGUGGAUUAGCAGUUAGUUGGCUAUUUUACAAUCUGGUAAAAUAACCACCCCAUAAAAUUAAACUGAAACCGUUGUCUGAUUAACGAGCUAGCGAAGUGCAUGGCUAAAAGUCAGAUGCAUUAGUAUUUUGAGUUAGCGAACCAAUAACCUAGCAAGCCGUAGCUAGCUAAUGUCGUUAUGCCAGUCUAUUUUUACUCGAUAGGGCGGUCUAGAAAGGCCAACGACUAUCUAGCACUAGCUCUGUUUUCAGCUACGGUAACAGUAACAGUUUUUGUACCAACGGCCUUUGUUUACCAGCAAGGUAGCUAACGGUAAUGCAUUGUAGAAUGGCUAAUGUAAACGAAUUCCUGUGCUAUCUGUGUGAAUUAUUUUGUGUUUGAAUCUGGGCGUUUCGCAGAUGUGCAGUUAUGUGCAACUCUACGGAAAUAUGCAGCUAAUUUAAGCACCAAUUACCUAUAUAACCAAAGGAAGAUAUAGUUGUAAAAAAACGUAUUUGUGGAUGGGUAUGGGUGGUGCCAUGAGAGAUUUUUACAGACCUAAAGAGCCUUACAAACAUGCAGCACCACAGUUGAGAUACUAGACCGCAUAAAGAAGGGCAGAUCACAAGGAACCAAGGAACGUGUGUAGUGACCAGUGUGUUUGCUAGCUAGGCCCAUGCCAUCUGUCAGAGGAGACACAACUGAAGGAUUGUGUCAACCAAUGAUGGGUUUAUACACAUCAUUUGUCAGAACUGAGGAGAAAUUAGUUUUAUAACAGUCUCUCUCACACACACACACACACACACACACACACACACACAUAUCAUGUCUUGUGGUUUAACUAGAAGUUAACCUUUUGUUGGCUUUGUGCUCCUUCUGGUUAACCCAGCUUUGCUAGCUAACCUACGGCCUAGUUAACAGUUAACUGUGUAAAUAGCUCCUGCUCAGGUGGGUAGGUAAUGAAUACAAUAGCAGUGAUUGAGCCUCCGCUGCUCUAGGCUAACUGUCAACUAAGAGAAAGGGAAGAAUCCCUGUAACAAAUUGUUCAAAGACAACACCUUUUCAGAAUUGUCUCUAUUAUAUCACUAUUGUUGAUGGGCAAUAGAUUAGAAAAGUUAGUCAGGCUACAUGAUUUAAAUUGUUUAGGACUGUAGCUAGCAGCAGACAGGUUUAAAGGUGUGAUGGUUUACUAAACCUGGCAUAGCCCAAAUAGUGGCAGACUAUGAAAAUGGCAGUUUACUUGUCAGGUUUGAGAAGCUAGAAAUGGGCUAUAGCCUAUUCUUCUGUAUUUUAGUCUAUGCCACUCCGACGUUGCUCGUCCUAAUACUUACAUAUGUCUUAAUUACAUUAUUUUACUUUUUAGAUUGUGUGAAUUGUUAGAUACUACUGCACUGUUGGAGCUAGAUAAACAAGCAUUUCGCUACACUCGCAAUAACAUCUGAUAAACGUGUAUGUGACCAAUCAAAUUUGAUUUGUAGUAUGGUUGUUCUAGAACUGAAUGUAAAUCCAAUGUAAAGUGCGAGCAUGGAUCUAGUGGUCAAUAGUCAUACAUUACCAGCCAAUGUCUCGUAAGAUGGAAAAUGUGCCGCAACCUGGUUAUGAUUCUAUUGAUUUCUAUAACACAGUGAAAUGCUUAUGGAAAACCAUACAGAAAAAUGUUUAGCCUAUGGAAAACCAUGCAGCGGGGGACGUGCAUUUAUUAUUGGUUACAAUGCAGUAGAAUGACUAUAAGCUAGCAUCCGCUGCUGCUUUCAAGGUGACUUUACAUGUUUUGCCUGCUGGUCCCAAAAGAAGCACCCUCCUUUAUUUUCUCUCACACCUCCACUCCCCCUCUCCUCUUACUUUUCCUUCUCCCUCCUCUUUCUCUCUCAUGAUCUUCUUCCUCCCAACCCUCCCCUAUCCCUUUUCCUCUCCCUCUCCCCCCUCCUCCAUCCCUUCCUCCCCCUUCCUCUCUCCUCCAGGAUGUCUCAUUACACAGAUGAGCCUCGCUUCACCAUCGAGCAGAUCGACCUGCUCCAGAGGCUGCGACGUACGGGCAUGACCAAGCAGGAGAUCCUCCACGCCCUGGACACCCUAGACCGACUUGACCGCGAGCACGGGGACAAGUUUGGCCGUCGCACCUCCUACGUGGGAGGAGCAAGCAGCUCUGUGUCCGACCCCAAUAGCACCACCACAAACAACACCCCCAACAACACUGCCUCUGUUUCUGCCGCCACCACCUCCUCUACAACAUCCUCUUCCUGUAGUAGUAAUAAUACUAAUGCCACCAGUGGUAUUGGGAGCAGUAGUGUUACCAACACCGCCCUGGCCUCUUCCUCCACCAACUCUACCGCCACACAGACACAGUACCUCCCUCCACGCGGGGGGCUCUCCCCCUCGCCUAGCAACAGCUACGACACCUCCCCACCGCCCGGCCCGCCCCCGCCCUCUGCCGUCCUCUCCUCCCCGGUGUCGCUGGUCGCCAUGGUGCAGAACGGAGGGCGGGACAGCCUGGCGGCGACGCCCAAUGGGAAGCUCUCGCCGCCGCGUUACCCAAUGAACAGCGCGGCGGCCGCCAGGGCGUUCGGGUUCGAGGCCACGGAGGAGGAGCUGGACAUCGAUGACAAGGUGGAGGAGCUCAUGAGGUCAGUGAUGAUGUCAGGGUGGGGUCAAAAUAACUAUAUUUCUGUGCCUGAAAUCCAGAACCUGUUUUGUGCCAGUUCUUGUACUCUUUGGCAUGACAAGGAGUGGGAUGAUGGUUAAACAGACUGGUACCCAGUCUAAGAGAGAUCAUAUUCAAUAUGUAAUUGUAUACACCAGUCCACUACCAUCAGGACUAAAUCAGUUUAUACACCAGUCCACUACCAUCAGGACUAAAUCAGUUUAUACACCAGUCCACUACCAUCAGGACUAAAUCAGUUUAUACACCAGUCCACCACCAUCAGGACUAAAUCAGUUUAUACACCAGUCCACUACCAUCAGGACUAAAUCAGUUUAUACACCAGUCCACCACCAUCAGGACUAAAUCAGUUUAUACACCAGUCCACCACCAUCAGGACUAAAUCAGUUUAUACACCAGUCCACCACCAUCAGGACUAAAUCAGUUUAUACACCAGUCCACCACCAUCAGGACUAAAUCAGUUUAUACACCAGUCCACCACCAUCAGGACUAAAUCAGUUUAUACACCAGUCCACCACCAUCAGGACUAAAUCAGUUUAUACACCAGUCCACCACCAUCAGGACUAAAUCAGUUUAUACACCAGUCCACCACCAUCAGGACUAAAUCAGUUUAUACACCAGUCCACCACCAUCAGGACUAAAUCAGUUUAUACACCAGUCCACCACCAUCAGGACUAAAUCAGUUUAUACACCAGUCCACCACCAUCAGGACUAAAUCAGUUUAUACACCAGUCCACCACCAUCAGGACUAAAUCAGUUUAUACACCAGUCCACCACCAUCAGGACUAAAUCAGUUUAUACACCAGUCCACCACCAUCAGGACUAAAUCAGUUUAUACACCAGUCCACCACAUCAGGACUAAAUCAGUUUAUACACCAGUCCACCACCAUCAGGACUAAAUCAGUUUAUACACCAGUCCACCACCAUCAGGACCUAAUCAGUUUAUACACCAGUCCACCACCAUCAGGACUAAAUCAGUCACAGAUGCGCUUUGUCUUUCACACACUUAAAAAGCAUGAAAACAUUUAGGCUACCACUUUUACUAUUUACAAACUAUUAUUAAAGCUGUGUUUCUGAUCUGAUGCUUCUUGAGCAAUGCAAUAAAUCAAAUCAAAUCAAAUCAAAUUUUAUUGGUCACAUGCGCCGAAUACAACAGGUGCAGACAUUACAGUGAAAUGCUUACUUACAGCCCUUAACCAACAGUGCAUUUAUUUUAAACAAAAAAAGUAAGAAUAAAACAACAACAAAAAAAAGUGUUGAGAAAAAAAAGAGCAGAAGUAAAAUAAAGUGACAGUAGGGAGGCUAUAUAUACAGUAAAAUAAAGUGACAGUAGGGAGGCUAUAUAUACAGGGGGGUACCGGUUGCAGAGUCAAUGUGCGGGGGGCACCGCUAGUUGAGGUAGUUGAGGUAAUAUGUACAGUGGGUAGAGUUAAAGUGACUAUGCAUAAAUACUUAACAGAGUAGCAGCAGCGUAAAAAGGAUGGGUGGGGGGCAGUGCAAAUAGUCGGGUAGCCAUGAUUAGCUGUUCAGGAGUCUUAUGGCUUGGGGGUAGAAGCUGUUGAGAAGUCUUUUGGACCUAGACUUGGCACUCCCGGUACCGUUGCCGUGCGGUAGCAGAGGAACAGUCUAUGACUAGGGUGGCUGGAGUCUUUGACAAUUUUGAGGGCCUUCCUCUGACACCGCCUGGUAUAGAGGUCCUGAAUGGCAGGGAGCUUUGCCCCAGUGAUGUACUGGGCCGUACGCAGUACCCUCUGUAGUGCCAAUAAGGACGAGUGGUCUUGUUUAUGGCCGUUGGUAGAGCAACGCCAGGGUCGUGGGUUCAGUUACCGCGAGGGCCACCCAUACCGAAAUGUAUGCAAACAGUCAUCCUGCUGAUGUUAUGCAUCUGUUAUGUUAACAGGAGAACAGGAUGAAUGCAUAGCUGUGAUGUACAGUAACUAUAAUGUUAAAAGCCCUGCUACCAUGUCUGCCCCCUCUUAGAACGUGCAUUAUGUUACAUCAUGUCCUGUACGGGUAGCAGCGUUCAGAAACAUUCUCCCCUUCGCUCUGCAGCCCUGGGAUCAGAUCAGUCUCAUGUUGCAGAGUGCUGCUGCGGGGUUGUAUGGUGCUGCGUUCAACACCCCCCACUUUAUCCUCUAUACUCAAGAUAUUAUCUUAAAGGAGAAAUCUACGAUUGGUACAUACAUUUUUGUACUUUUAAACUGCAGAUCGCCCCUUUAGGUGCCUGUUUCUUUCUGUUCUCUCGGCUCUGCUGGGUUUAGCAGUUAGCCCUCACCCUCCUCCACCUCCUCCCCCACCCACCCUCACCACCCACCUCACCCUCCAUCCACCCUCCUCCACCCUCCUCCUCCCUCACCCUCCUCCACCCUCCUCCUCCCUCACCCUCUUCCACCCUCACCCUCCUCCUCCCUCACCCUCCUCUUCCCUCACCCUCCUCCUCCCUCACCCUCCUGCUCCCUCUACCUCCUCCACCCUCCUCCUCCCUCACCCACCUCCACCUCCCUCACCCUCCUCCACCCUCACCCUCCUCCUCCUCCACCUCCUCCAACCUCACCCUCCUCCACCCUCACCCUCCUCCUCCCUCACCCUCCUCCACCUCCUCCACCCACCCACCUCCUCCUUCCCCCUCCUAUUGUCCUUGCUCCCACCUUGCUCCUCUUCACCCUCCACCCACCUCCUCCCUCCUCCUCCCUCCAUCUCCUCCCUCCCCCUCCUACCUCCUGAUUUAAGGCCUGUCCCAAAUGUCAUCCUAAUCCUUAUAUAGUGCACUACUUUUGAACAAGGCACAUAAUGAUCUGGUCAAAAGUAGUGCACUAUAUAGGGAAUAGGGUGCCAUUUGGGAUGUAGCCUUGUGGUGUCGAUAAGCAGCAGCCUUUCUUUGUGGGUCUAGCUAAUUUUAGCUGCGCCUCAGUGAGGGAGAAGUGAGGAUAUUGAUCUGGAUGGAGGAAGAGGCGUGACUCAUUCGAUCUGUGAAAUCUGAAGAGAGUGUGGAACAGCGAGUACUUGCAGGCAGCUAUGGAUGUACACCCCGUCUUACACCUCGUCAGAUCAGGUCUCAAAGGCACCUACUUUCAGCCCACUAAAACCAAUUGAAGGGAAAUUGCAAUAGGCAAGGGGUGUCCACCCACUCUGUCUGUAUGUAGGGUGUCCACCCACUCUGUCUAUAUGUAGGGUGUCCACCCACUCUGUCUGUAUGUAGGGUGUCCACCCACUCUGCCUAUAUGUAGGGUGUCCACCCACUCUGUCUAUAUGUAGGGUGUCCACCCACUCUGUCUAUAUGUAGGGUGUCCACCCACUCUGUCUGUAUGUAGGGUGUCCACCCACUCUGUCUGUAUGUAGGGUGUCCACCCACUCUGCCUGUAUGUAGGGUGUCCACCCACUCUGUCUGUAUGUGUAGGGUGUCCACCCACUCUGUCUGUAUGUAGGGUGUCCACCCACUCUGUCUGUAUGUAGGGUGUCCACCCACUCUGUCUGUAUGUAGGGUGUCCACCCACUCUGUCUGUAUGUAGGGUGUCCACCCACUCUGUCUAUAUGUAGGGUGUCCACCCACUCUGUCUGUAUGUAGGGUGUCCACCCACUCUGUCUGUAUGUAGGGUGUCCACCCACUCUGUCUGUAUGUAGGGUGUCCACCCACUCUGUCUGUAUGUAGGGUGUCCACCCACUCUGCCUAUAUGUAGGGUGUCCACCCACUCUGUCUGUAUGUAGGGUGUCCACCCACUCUGUCUGUAUGUAGGGUGUCCACCCACUCUGUCUGUAUGUAGGGUGUCCACCCACUCUGUCUGUAUGUAGGGUGUCCACCCACUCUGUCUGUAUGUAGGGUGUCCACCCACUCUGCCUGUAUGUGUAGGGUGUCCACCCACUCUGUCUAUAUGUAGGGUGUCCACCCACUCUGUCUGUAUGUAGGGUGUCCACCCACUCUGCCUGUAUGUAGGGUGUCCACCCACUCUGUCUAUAUGUAGGGUGUCCACCCACUCUGCCUGUAUGUAGGGUGUCCACCCACUCUGUCUGUAUGUAGGGUGUCCACCCACUCUGCCUGUAUGUGUAGGGUGUCCACCCACUCUGUCUGUAUGUAGGGUGUCCACCCACUCUGUCUGUAUGUGUAGGGUGUCCACCCACUCUGUCUGUAUGUGUAGGGUGUCCACCCACUCUGUCUGUAUGUAGGGUGUCCACCCACUCUGUCUGUAUGUGUAGGGUGUCCACCCACUCUGUCUGUAUGUGUAGGGUUUCCACCCACUCUGUCUGUAUGUGUAGGGUGUCCACCCACUCUGUCUAUAUGUAGGGUGUCCACCCACUCUGUCUGUGUAGGGUGUCCACCCACUCUGUCUGUAUGUGUAGGGUGUCCACCCACUCUGUCUGUAUGUGUAGGGUGUCCACCCACUCUGUCUAUAUGUAGGGUGUCCACCCACUCUGUCUGUAUGUGUAGGGUGUCCACCCACUCUGUCUGUAUGUAGGGUGUCCACCCACUCUGUCCAGAAAGCAAGCUUUGGAGAUUAAAUUGUACUUCCUUAUGUUACAAAAUACAUUUUAACAAGACAAAUAUGAUUCUUCAUGUUCUGAAUCAUUCAGUGGGGUCUUUCUCUAACAUAUCAUUGACAUUAUAUCCAAAAAGUUGGAUUUUUUUUUACAUAACGGUGCAGGUUUCUCAUAACUUUUGAGGAUUUUACAUUUCGUGGUCGUCGUCUUCAAAGUUGUUUCCGCUUGUCGCAAAAAGCUAAAUUAGCGUGACACGAGCUGAAUUAAAUGUAAAAGGCUUUGGGAAAAUAAAAAUCUCAGUGCUCCGUUGACAUUUCACAGAUGCGUUUGUUUUUUUGUGAGAAAUCUUCCUUCAAAAUCACAGGAAUUAAUAUGAAAAGCGUAUACUCAAAUAUGAAAAUACCACAUGUCAUUUCUCCAAAUCAAUAUCUAUCUUAAACCUCUAUGUUGUUUUAUGUCCUGUGGAUUGGAGAAGACGUGACGAGUUCAGCAGUGAGCCUGUCAGGUAGCCAGCGGCUUUCAUUCUCUCACAGCAUCCAGCCUAGCUUGACACAUGCCGUUCUUCCUGACAUUUCACCACUUUCUUCCUCUGGUCUCCAUUGAUUUAGUCACCCUAAUUCUGGCCAUUCUACAAGGAUUAAAAACUCCAAUAACUUUUGAAUGGAUUAUGAUGGAGACUUGAGGUGUGGAUCCAUUUUUUGGUUUUUCUUACAGGUUGGUCAAAAGAUGCGUUUUUGAUUGGACACCCUACUACAUGAUAGUGGAAACACACCGGUCCAUAUUUUACAAAGCAAACGUAACUAUGUUUAGUUAUGUACUGUCGUGUGUGUGUGUGUGUGUGUGCUCGCGUGCAGGAGGGACAGCAGUAUCGUCAAGGAGGAGAUCAAGUCCUUUCUGGGGAACAGGAGAAUCUCUCAGGCUGUGGUGGCUCAGGUCACAGGUCAGUGAGGACACACACACACACACACACACACACACACACACACACAUUCUGUGGUGGCCCAGGUCAGUAAGACCUUGAAGCUUCCACUAUAAUUGACAACCCCACACUACAAGCUUCACACAGCAAUCAACUUUCGAACAGACAUAGGAUUGAAUUGAAUAGCCUUUAUUUCACCAGACAUCUACUUAAGUAUAUAGGCAGUACAGUGAUCGCUACAUUAGUGAUGUGUAUAUAUAUGAAUAAAUGAAAUUUUGUCCUAAUUACUUUACAUACAAUACCCCAUAAUGACAAAGCAAAAACAGGUUUUUAGACAUUUUUGUAAAUUUAUAAAAAAUCAAAAUAAAAGAAUACCUUAUUUACAUAAGUAUUCAGACCCUUUGCUAUGUGACUCGAAAUUGAGCUCAGGUGCAUCCUGUUUCCAUUGAUCAUCCUUGAGAUGUUUCUACAACUUGAUUGGAGUCCACCUGUGGUAAAUUAAAUUGUUUGGACAUUAUUUGGAAAGGCACACACCUGCCUAUAUAAGGUCCCAGAGUUGACAGUGCAUGUCAGAACAAAAACCAAGCCAUCAGGUCGAAGGAAUUGUCCGUAGAGCUCCGAGACAGGAUUGUGCCGAGGCACAGAUCUGGGGAAGGGUACUACAAAAUGUCUGCAGCAUUGAAGGUCUCCAAGAACAAAGUGGCCUCCGUUCUUAAAUGGAGGAAGUUUGGAACCACCAAGACUCUUCCUAGAGCUGGCCGCCUGGCCAAACGGAGCAAUCGGGGGAGAAGGGCCUUGGUCAGGGAGGUGACCAAGAACCCAAUGGUCACUCUGACAGAGCUCUAGAGUUCCUCUGUGGUGAUGGGAGAACCUUCCAGAAGGACAACCAUCUCUGCAGCACUCCACCAAUCAGGCCUUUAUGGUAGAGUGGCCAGACGGAAGCCACUCCUCAGUAAAAGGCACAUGACAGCCCGCUUGGAGUUUGCCAAAAGGCACCUAAAGGACUCUCAGACCAUGAGAAACAAGAUUCUCUGGUCUGAUGAUACCAAGAUUGAACACUUUGGCCUGAAUACCAAGUGUCACGUCCCAACCUGGCACCAUCCCAAUGGUGAAGCAUGGUGGUGCUGGUAGCAGCAUCAUGCUGUGGGGAUGUUUUUCAGCGGCAGGGACUGGAAGACUAGUCAGGAUCGAGGGAAAGAUGAACAGAGCAAAGUACUGAGAGAUCCUUGAUGAAAACCUGCUCCAGAGUGCUCAGAACCUCAGACUGGGUUGACGGUUCACCUUCCAACAGGACAACGACCCUAAGCACACAGCCAAGACAACGCAGGAGUGGCUUCGGGACAAGUCUCUGAAUGUCCUUGAGUGUCCCAGCCAGAGCCCGGACUUGAACCUGAUCGAACAUCUCUGGAGAGACCUGAAAAUAGUUGUGCAGUGAUGCUCCCCAUCCAACCUGACAGAGCUUGAGAGGAUCUGCAGAGAAGAAUGGGAGAAACUCCCCAAAUACAGGUGUGCCAAGCUUGUAGCGUCAUACCCAAGAAGACCCAAGGCUGUAAUCGCUGCUAAAGGUGCUUCAACAAAGUACUGAGUAAAGGGUCUGAAUACUUAUGUAAAUGUGAUAUUUCAGGGGGGGGGGGGGGGGGGUUCUAAUACAUUUGCAAAAAAUUCUAAAAACCUGUUUUUGCUUUGUCAGUAUGGAGUAUUGUGUGUAGAUUGAUGAGAGGGAAAAAACAAUUUAAUCCAUUUUAGAAUAAGGUUAUAACCUAACAAAAUGUGGAAAAAGUCAAGGGGUCUGAAUACUUUCCGGAUACACUGUAUAUACACACACCACUAAUGUAGCUAUCACUGUACUGCCUAUAUAUAUAUAUAUAUAUAUAUAUAUACACACAUUUAGAGCCAGUUUGCGCUGUUCUGUGAAGGGAGUAGUACACAGCGUUGUACGGGAUCUUCAGUUUCUUGGCAAUUUCUCGCAUGGAAUAGCCUUCAUUUCUCAGAACAAGAAUAGACUGACGAGUUUCAGAAGAAAGUUCUUUACUUCAGAAGAAAGUUAUUUGUUUCUGGCCAUUUUGAGCCUGUAAUCGAACCCACAAUUGCUGAUGCUCCAGAUACUCAUCUAGUCUCAAGAAGGCCAGUUUUAUUGCUUCUUUAAUCAGCACAACAGUUUUCAGCUGUGCUAACAUAAUUGCAAAAGGGUUUUCUAAUGAUCAAUUAGCCUUUUAAAAUGAUAAACUUGGAUUAGCAAACACAACGUGCCAUUGGAACACAGGACUGAUGGUUGCUGAUAAUGGGCCUCUGUACGCCUAUGUAGAUAUUCCAUAAAAAAUCAGCCAUUUCCAGCUACAAUAGCCAUUUACAACAUUAACAAUGUCUACACUGUAUUUCUGAUCAAUUUGAUGUUAUUUUAAUGGACAUAAAAAUUGCUUUUCUUUCGAAAACAAGGACAUUUCUAAGUGACCCCAAACUUUUGAACGGUAGUGUGUAUACAGUGAGGGAAAAAAGUAUUUGAUCCCCUGCUGAUUUUGUACGUUUGCCCACUGACAAAGAAAUGAUCAGUCUAUAAAUUUAAAUGGUAGGUUUAUUUGAACAGUGAGAGACAGAAUAACAACAAAAAAAUCCAGAAAAACACAUGUCAAAAAUGUUAUAAAUUGAUUUGCAUUUUAAUGAGGGAAAUAAGUAUUUGACCCCUCUGCAAAACAUGACUUAGUACUUGGUGGCAAAACCCUUGUUGGCAAUCACAGAGGUCAGACGUUUCUUGUAGUUGGCCAACAGGUUUGCACACAUCUCAGGAGGGAUUUUGUCCCACUCCUCUUUGCAGAUCUUCACCAAGUCAUUAAGGUUUCGAGGCUGAUGUUUGGCAACUCAAACCUUCAGCUCCCUCCACAGAUUUUCUAUGGGAUUAAGGUCUGGAGACUGGCUAGGCCACUCCAGGACCUUAAUGUGUUUCUUCUUGAGCCACUCCUUUGUUGCCUUGGCCGUGUGUUUUGGGUCAUUGUCAUGCUGGAAUACCCAUCCACGACCCAUUUUCAAUGCCCUGGCUGAGGGAAGGAGGUUCUCACCCAAGAUUUGACGGUACAUGGCCCGUCCAUCGUCCCUUUGAUGCGGUGAAGUUGUCCUGUCCCCUUACUAGAAAAACACCCCCAAAGCAUAAUGUUUCCACCUCCAUGUUUGACGGUGGGGAUGGUGUUCUUGGGGUCAUAGGCAGCAUUCCUCCUCCUCCAAACACGGCGAGUUGAGUUGAUGCCAAAGAGCUCCAUUUUGGUCUCAUCUGACCACAACACUUUCACCCAGUUCUCCUCUGAAUCAUUUAGAUGUUAAUUGGCAAACUUCAGACGGGCAUGUAUAUGUGCUUUCUUGAGCAGAGGGACCUUGCGGGCGCUGCAGGAUUUCAGUCCUUCACGGCGUAGUGUGUUACCAAUUGUUUUCUUGGUGACUAUGGUCUCAGCUGCCUUGAGAUCAUUGACAAGAUCCUCCUGUGUAGUUCUGGGCUGAUUCCUCACCGUUCUCAUGAUCAUUGCAACUCCACGAGGUGAGAUCUUGUAUGGAGCCCCAGGCCGAGGGAGAUUGACAGUUCUUUUGUGUUUCUUCCAUUUGCGAAUAAUCGCACCAACUGUUGUCACCUUCUCACCAAGCUGCUUGCCGAUGGUCUUGUAGCCCAUUCCAGCCUUGUGUAGGUCUACAAUCUUGUCCCUGACAUCCUUGGAGAGCUCUUUGGUCUUGGCCAUGGUGGAGAGUUUGGAAUCUGAUUGAUUGAUUGCUUCUGUGGACAGGUGUCUUUUAUACAGGUAACAAGCUGAGAUUAGGAGCACUCCCUUUAAGAGUGUGCUCCUAAUCUCAGCUCGUUACCUGUAUAAAAGACACCUGGGAGCCAGAAAUCUUUCUGAUUCAGAGGGGGUCAAAUACUUAUUUCCCUCAUUAAAAUGCAAAUCAAUUUAUAACAUUUUUGACAUUUUUGACAUGUUAUUCUGUCUCUCACUGUUCAAAUAAACCUACCAUUUAAAAUUAUAGACUGAUCAUGUCUUUGUCAGUGGGCAAACGUACAAAAUCAGCAGGGGAUCAAAUACUUUUUUCCCUCACUGUAUAUAGGCAAUACAGUGAUAGCUACAUUAGUGAUGUGUUUGUAAGUACAGGCAGUACAGUGAUAACACAUAAAGCGAAGAGAAUUGUAGCUAAGUCUCACUUGCAGCUGUACGUUUAUUGCCUGGUAGGACUGUUUAAAAAAAAACUGUGUGUGUGUGUGUGUGGGGGGUUCCAGGUAUCAGUCAGAGCAGGAUCUCUCAUUGGUUGCUCCAGCACGGCUCUGAUCUCAGCGAACAGAAGAAGAGAGCUUUCUACCGCUGGUACCAGCUAGAGAAGACCACCCCAGGUACUCCUGUGUGUGUUCGUCUGUCUCUCGCUCUCUCUGUGUGGUUAAUCAUGUAGGAAACAUCCUUGUCUUCUGCUGAAUUAUAUUAUUCUAUGGAACUCGGCAUUAACUACACACACACACACACACACACACACACACAGUCCUUCACAAUUCCACCUCUAAUUCUGCAGGUGCUAUCAGAAAACGUUCUUAGUCACUGAGGAAUGCCACUCCAAUGCUGGGACCUAUUCAUUUGAGCAAAAGGUUUCAAAACGUUCAGCAUCGGAAAACUAAAACAAUUUCAGCCCGUUUGGUUCCAUUUGGUGUCAAGUGAAUACGAGACAUGUUAUAAAGGCUUAACCUAAUGCUUUCUCUCUAUUGGCUCCUCCAGGUGCCACUCUAAACAUGUGCCCCGCCCCCAUGGCUCUGGAGGAGAUGGAGUGGAGACAGACCCCACCCCCUAUAAGCACCGCCCCCGGGAACUUCCGGCUACGGCGUGGGAGUCGCUUUACCUGGAGGAAGGAAUGUCUGGCUGUGAUGGAGAGGUGAAGAGAUGGGGGGAGAGAAGGAGCAGAGAUGAGGGGAGGGGGAUAGAGAAGGAGAAGGAGAGCAGGGAAGAGAGGAUGAGGAGGGGAAGAGAGAGGAGGUAGGGGAGGGAGAGAGACGUGAGGAGGUGAGAGAGGAGGAUGGGGGAGGUGACGGUCAGGAUUGAGGUGGGAGGUGGGAGAGGAGGACUACGGAUGGGAGGGGCGCGGCGGACGGUGUCGGAGAGGUGGGGGGGAGGAGGAUGAGGGUGGGGGGAGAGGGACAGCGUUUGGGGUGGGGGGGGAGAGUUGGGAAGGUGUGGGGGUGGAGGGCGCGUUGGAGGCGCGCGUGGGCGUGUGAGGGGGAGAGGUGGGCGCAGUUGGAGCUCGGCGCCUUCUAGGUGGGGAGAUGCGAGGAGAGGGCCCUGGUCAACAGUAGUGCACUACAUAGGGGAGAAUCUCAACCUCGCGUCCUCUCUUCUCAAAACCAUUGGAUGAGAGGGGCAGAGGUGAGGGACCUCUCCCCAUCUCAUCCAAUGGGUUUUGAGAAAGAGAAAAGGAGAGAGGUGGGAAAUAGGGUGCCAUUUGGGACGCAGUCUAAAUCUGUGUGUUUUGACGUGACUGUCGCCUCCUCUCCUCAUGACUGUCGCCUCCUCUCCUCAUGACUGUCGCCUCCUCUCCUCAUGACUGUCGCCUCCUCUCCUCAUGACUGUCGCCUCCUCUCCUCAUGACUGUCGCCUCCUCUCCUCUCCUCAGCUACUUCAAUGACAACCAGUACCCUGACGAAGCCAAGAGAGAGGAGAUCGCCAACGCCUGCAACGCGGUAAUCCAGAAACCAGGUAUUUCCUUCUGUCCACCUUACCGUUGUGCUGGCCGUUCUUGUUCUAAGACGUGCACACCUUUUUCUUACCUGACCUGAUUUUGCUGAUAGCUGCUUUAUUGAGGAAAGUACAUACAGUGAUUGUGAUAUGUGGUUGGUUGUCUGUCUUACCUAGCUACCUUAAGUUAAGGGCGGCAGGUAGCUUAGUGGUUAAGAGCGUUGUGCCAGUAACCGAAAGGUCGCUGGUUCUAAUCCCCGAGCCGACUAGGUGAAAAAUCUGUCUGUGCCCUUGAGCAAGGCACUUAACCCUAAUUGCUCCUGUUAGUCGCUCUGGAUAAGAGCGUCUGCUAAAUGACUGAAGUGUAAAUGUACAAAUCAGCAUACUUUGCCCUAAGGAAUAUAAUUUAUUGUAUGCAAUAAUAAUAAUAAUAAUCUGUGGAAUGAUCUCGUAAUAAUCUCAUGAAUGUUGUUUUAUUCCAGGGAAGAAGCUAUCGGACCUGGAGAGAGUCACAUCCCUCAAAGUCUACAACUGGUUUGCCAACCGACGCAAAGAGAUCAAGAGACGGGCUAAUAUUGGUAACGUGGGCUUGGGGACACUUGGGCUAAUAUUGGUAACGUGGGCUUGGGGACGCUUGGGCUAAUGUUGGUAACGUGGGCUUGGGGACACUUGGGCUAAUAUUGGUAACGUGGGCUUGGGGACGCUUGGGCUAAUAUUGGUAACAUGGGCUUGGGGACGCUGGGCUAAUAUUGGUAACGUGGGCUUGGGGACGCUUGGGCUAAUAUUGGUAACGUGGGCUUGGGGACAGGCUAAUAUUGGUAACGUGGGCUUGGGGACGCUUGGGCUAAUAUUGGUAACGUGGGCUUGGGGACAGGCUAAUAUUGGUAACGUGGGCUUGGGGACGCUGGGCUAAUAUUGGUAACGUGGGCUUGGGGACGCUGGGCUAAUAUUGGUAACGUGGGCUUGGGGACGCUUGGGCUAAUGUUGGUAACGUGGGCUUGGGGACAGGCUAAUAUUGGUAAUGUGGGCUUGGGGACGCUUGGGCUAAUAUUGGUUAACGUGGGCUUGGGGACGCUUGGGCUAAUAUUGGUAACGUGGGCUUGGGGACACUUGGGCUAAUAUUGGUAACGUGGGCUUGGGGACGCUUGGGCUAAUAUUGGUAAUGUGGGCUUGGGGACAGGCUAAUAUUGGUAACGUGGGCUUGGGGACGCUUGGGCUAAUAUUGGUAACGUGGGCUUGGGGACGCUGGGCUAAUAUUGGUAACGUGGGCUUGGGGACAGGCUAAUAUUGGUAAUGUGGGCUUGGGGACACUUGGGCUAAUAUUGGUAAUGUGGGCUUGGGGACACUUGGGCUAAUAUUGGUAAUGUGGGCUUGGGGACACUUGGGCUAAUAUUGGUAACGUGGGCUUGGGGACAGGCUAAUAUUGGUAACGUGGGCUUGGGGACGCUUGGGCUAAUAUUGGUAACGUGGGCUUGGGGACGCUUGGGCUAAUAUUGGUAACGUGGGCUUGGGGACACUUGGGCUAAUAUUGGUAACGUGGGCUUGGGGACGCUUGGGCUAAUAUUGGUAACGUGGGCUUGGGGACGCUUGGGCUAAUGUUGGUAACGUGGGCUUGGGGACGCUUGGGCUAAUGUUGGUAACGUGGGCUUGGGGACGCUUGGGCUAAUAUUGGUAACGUGGGCUUGGGGACGCUUGGGCUAAUAUUGGUAACGUGGGCUUGGGGACGCUUGGGCUAAUAUUGGUAACGUGGGCUUGGGGACGCUUGGGCUAAUAUUGGUAACGUGGCUUGCGGACAGGCUAAUAUUGGUAACGUGGCUUGGGGUCGAUAGGUAUCUGUUGUAAUAAAGACUCAAAGAACCAGGGCCCGGUUUUCCGAUAGCGAUGGAAUUUAGGCUUAGGAGUGUUUUAAACAAAGCAUCUUUCCUACCACGGCCUUAAGAUGUAACAUACGUUUCUCAAAACACCACGCAGACAGAAUGUUUGCUAAGUGCGUUGUUGAGGCAUAUGUUGAUACUGUAGGAUUGAAAGAAAGGAAGAACUGCUCUCGGAUCAGUGUUCUCCAUUCAAAUCUUAUAUUACCAUUAUAUUUAUUCCACGAUACUGACAAUGGAUCAGGUCCUAGAAAUAUAUCAUCACCUACGGCUGCAAAUAUGAGGCGGCUUAUUAUAAUGCUUACCCUAUAAUAAUGCACUAAAUCAAAGUUUGGCACAACAUUGCGCACGUUAGGCUACACAUCAUGAAAUUAUAUUCUGUUUUCCCAAGAAGCCACAAUCCUGGAGAGCCAUGGGAUAGACGUCCAGAGUCCUGGAGGCCACUCCAACAGCGACGACAUCGAUGGAGGGGACUAUACAGAACAGGCCUGUGACCUGCCCUACUUCGACAAGAGACCCAUGGCCAGACCCUUUGGCUUCUACAGGCUGGAGCCCACUUCACCCACACAGGUAUGCAGCCAGGACCAGGGACAGGUAUGGAGCCAGGACCAGGGACCACUGUCUCAUCUGCCCAGACAUGUAAUUUAUAAACGAAAUGCAGCUAGUUUGCUGUCUUUCAAGCUUCAGUCUGAAGUGAUUGUGUUAGCUGUGUAGUUGGCUAGCUAGCAAGGGGAAGAGCUUCCAUAGCAACCAUUUUGGUUGGAUAGUUCCAGAACUUUGGUUGCUAUGGCAACCAGCGCUUGGGUAGUUUUGCUUUACAUGGCAGUCAAUACGAAUAUAACUAACGACAAGAGAACGCCUAAAAUUGCUCUUGACAACCAGUGUUCGUGAAUGUAGCAUUGUGUUUUGUUGAAAGAUGUAUGGUUUGGGAAAGAAUCUUGUUUUUUAAUGCUGGUAACCCGUUAAAAGCAAUAAUACAUAUGUAUCAUGGCUGUGGUGGUCUACGACUCUCUGCCACUCGGCUUCACCUCGUAGCCAUGACCACAUCACAGCCAUGAUAUAAAUGUCAUAACACAUGGCCUCAUGUAUUAUUGGUAAAUAUACUCAACUACAUCUCUGCCUGCUCCCCUCCCUAACCAGAGUCCCAUGUUAGAUGGGCAGCAUCUUUCACCAGUCAAUAUGCUCCGAUGACUAGUCACUACUGGGGCUAUCUCCAUUUUGAAGUAGUCAUCUGGGUGGUACCACUGAGAUAUAAUAAGAACUGGAGACUGCGUCCAAGAUGGUCGACCGUUGUUUUCAAGAUGAUCUACUCACGUUUGCAUACGCCGAUUCAUGGAUCGUCUAUAUCCAACAUCACAUGCACACUAGCACUCGGCGCACACAGGGAGUAGCGACAACGUCAUAACGUCAUCCAAAAACAUGGCAGACGUCGGAUUAAUAUAAAAUGUUAAAACAGUAUCUUCGGCUGAGCGUGAUGGAAAAAAAUAAUUGGCCUCAGCGACAAGUUAUUUUUUUUGUUGCACAAAGGUGAUGACUAAAGUGUCUUAUUAGGAAUUUUCAAAUCUUCUCUAUGUGGCCGUGUACGGAAAUUGUCUUUCUGGGCCGUGCGUCAGUUAAACUGCAGUACCAAAGAAAAACAGUAGGGGCAGUCAACCGUGCUUCUAUACCAGAACCCUGGCCCCUUUGGGUGGGACUUGUUAUGGGCUGAGAGGAAGAGGGGAAGCGAGAGGGUUUACUCGGCCCAAAAUCUGUCCACAGAAAUAAAGACCACGAAGUGAGGAAUUGUUGUACUGAGGUCCAUGAGUGUCGAAUUUAAUCCCCAAAAAUGUUUUAUUGCUAAUUUUCUACGUGAGGCUUAUUUGAUCUAAUAGAAGUUCCGAAAUGGUUAGGUUGUUACCAUAGCACUGAUAUAUAAGUGGCGUUUCGGCAGCUUUCAAAAAUACUACUUUAUAUCGGCGUUGUGCCUGUUGUUCACAGCCAUCUCAUUGGCUAGAAUGGUCCCACCUGAUUUCUCCAUUAGAGCAGUCACUCAAAUAUCUUUUAUAAUUGAUCAUCUUUGCUAUGGGUUAAGGAAGGGUCACAGGAUUCCAUCCAGGUCAUCAGGAUGGGUCAGCCAAUGAAUUAUACUCCUGAGUAAAGAUUCCAUAACUGCAGGUGGCAGUAAAUCACCAACUUUGGCUUUAUACCUGUUAAGACAAUCCACUGAAGCACAGUAGGUGGUGGUGUGCACCAUUUUACUGCCAAUGCACUAAUAGAACUAGAACAAGAAAUUGACUACUUUAAAAUGCAGAAGUUAGCCAUUACAAGUGUAAAAGGUGUGACAUCUUUCCAUGUCGAUGAUCUCUCCUCCUCCUAGGAUGAUGGUCCAGGCCACGGGGACCACCAGGACCCCAUCUCUCUGGCCGUGGAGAUGGCUGCAGUCAACCACACCAUCCUGGCUCUGUCCCGGACCGGAGGGGUGCCCAGCGACAAUUAA